GGAUCGUAUAGUGAAUAGUGAUGGAUUUGAUGUGAUUUUUUUCCAAAGUAGGUGCGCUGCUCGCGGAUGUGUACUGUUAUCAACCGCCACCGGUGGUUACACACUGGUAACCGCAACUCCAGUCGUUAUCAGUUAGUCUACGAUUUUUUUUCGACUUCUCAGUUCUUGUAUUUCUGUCUGAUGUGAUUUGUUGUGCGCUGUGUAGUUGACCGUACACAUACCGUAUCGCUUUCCGCUUCAAAAACAAUUUUAAUACCCGGAAGCGCUUGCUGUCGUCGUGACGCGUAAACACGGACAUUGCUUGAAAAACCGAUGUGACCGUUGCCGAACGCCAACACAAACAGUCCGCCGACAAUGCCAGCCGCCGAACUGUAUCGGGAAGGUGAGUGGUAAAUUAAUUAUUGUCUGUGUGUUUAUUUGUAUUUUCCACUCUGUUGGACCGGAGAAAGAGGCACAAAAUCGCGGCUAUUUUGAAAAUUGCGUUUCCCGGAUGACCCUAUCGCAAAAAAUUUUGUUUGCGAAAGUGGGAGGUUUCUGUCGGGGUUCUGUUUAUUAACUAAAGACUAUUGUUUUAAUAUAAACUAUUUACUUCUGGAAGGUAACAAUUACGUUUUGAAUUUUCGCGUUUUAAUUUUUUUUGUUAACCACGUAGGUACAUAGUCGAAUUUUUUCCCCGCGCAUCAGCUCGUAUAAAACGUUUAUGUUAAUUGUUCAAAUAUCCAACGAACUAUUGUAUGUUCAAUUGAUUUAUAACUGUCGGUAUACACAUUGUGGUUAUGAGUUGAGUUAUUAAAUGUCGAGAGGGGUUACCAAAUACUGUCAAACUAGGUAAUUCAGAAUACAUUUAAAUUUGGUUUUCAACCAUGAAAUACUGCGUUCUACUUUUUAAGUUUAUAUACGUCUAAAAUAUAUUGGUACUUAAACACCGACAUCAAAUUAUAUACUUAUUUAAGUAAAGUGGUUAAUAUCUAUACAAUUAAGCUGACAUUCUGAUGUCAAUCUACAAUCUUGAUGUCAAUCUUGGUACUCAGUUUAUACUUUUUAGCACCAUCAAAAUUAAAAUAAAAAAUGUAUUAUUUUAUUUUAAAUGAUAUUUAAAAGUGUUAAAUUUUAUUAUUGUAUUCAAAUUAAAAUUUCAGGUUUCAAAUAAUCUAAUCUGUGUUUUUUUUUUUAUCAUUCAGUAAUCUAUAUCUGCAUGCUUGUGUACUCUAUGCAUAUAACCAUUAUAUAAUAAAUAGUAUACGAUUCCAAAUUCCAUUUAGAUUACAAUAUUAUACAUUUAGAGUAAACUAAUUUUAUAUUUAUUAGAUACCUACCUAUUACCAACUUUUGUUUCAAAGAACUAAGUACCUACUUUGGAAAAUUAUUUACAAUUGUCAUUUUAAUAGGUAAAUAGGUAGGUACCCACCUACUAUCUAGACUAUAGGAAUUGCAUGUUGGCAUAAAAUGUUUAAAAAUUUUUAUUUAUGAUUUAAAAAAAUGAUUUUUAGUGUUGUAAAAAUUAAUGCAAAUGUUUAUUGUGGUUUUUAAUAUAAUUGAAAUAUGUAUAAGUUUUCUAUUAUAUUUGUUAACGAAAAAUAUUAAUUUUUGAAUUUUGGAUGUUUUGAUGUUGUGGUAUAUAUUUUAAACAUUUUUUUUUUGAUGAAGAUAAAAUCUUGAAAUUGUACUAAAAUAAAUAAAAAAAUAUGAUGUUAUUCGAGCAAAUUAAGAACAUAAUAAUCAAUAGGAUUAAUAUUAAAACUAUUAAUAAUUUUAAUGUAUAUUAUUUUAUCUGGUAUCAAAUAUAAUAAUAGCAGUUCUUAUAAUUUUGAACUAAAAAUUUGAAAUAAUUUUCUCUAUUAUGUGUAACCCACUUUUUACAUUUGUAUAACUUUUUGUGACUAUUGUAAGUUAAUCAAUUUCAAUUUAUAAUGAAAUAUUUGUUUUUUGACAAUUAAGGAAUGGAUGCAGAUUCUGACAAGCACAAGCAGCAGCAACAUCUUUCGUUGUUGAAAGAUGAAUAUGUCAAGCUUCAAAUUUACUGCAAUGAAUUAGAAAAAAAACAUGCCACAUUAGCUGCCACUUACGGUGAUUGUAAUGACAAAAGUUUUGUGUCCAGGCUUCUAAAAACAGUAACAACAUUGUAUAAUAACACACUCUACAGGUGAUAUUUUAUUUAUAUUAUACUUUAUUAUAUUAUCUAUAAUAAUGUCUAAUUUGAUUUUUAGUGAUUUAAAUAUAGCCUUGGUCAGUGGCGAUGUUCCGGCCCAUAAAUUUGUUUUAUCGUCCCGAAGUGAUAAAUGGGGAGUACCAGAUUUAACUCAAGUCAGCGACUUAGGUAAUCACCAUGCAAGUGUACACCUUGACAAGCCAACAUAAUUUAUAAUUCUACUUAUAUAUUUAUAUUUUGUUUGUUUAGACUGGACUACUUUACCCCUGGAUGUUGGUAAAGCACUGUUAAAAUGGAUUUAUACUGAUCAAGUUGAUUUUUCAAAAGGCGAUAGUUUCACCCUGAGUUUAAUGAAAACUGCAGAUUCAUUUCUAUUAGACGAUCUAGUUAAUAAGUAAGUUUGACACAUUUCUUAGUAUGAUAAUUUAAUUUCACUAAUGCCAUAAUAUGAUACAAUUAAUAAGAAAAUAUGUAAUAUACAAUCCUUGUUUGGAUCUAGUAGCUACUUAUGUGGCAAUUGAUAGUCUUCCUUACUCCUUUUGCUGUUCAAAUUUACAUGAUAUGAUUUUAUAAUUCUACUGGUUUUUUUAGAUUCUGAGUGUAGAAUGUGUUGGUUUUACAAAGUUGUUUUUUUUUUUUAUUAAUUUAAAAGAAUACAUUUUUAUUUAUAAAGUUAAUACAUGGAGUUGUUUAUUUUUUGAUAUAAAACAAUAAAAAUAAUAAUUAUUUAACUACUGUUAAAUGUUCAACUAUAUUUAUAGUGUGAUAGUUUUAGAAGAGGAAAUUUAGAACCAGUGUAACAGACAGGGCUACAGUUCCAGGUUCCCAUAAUUCUAAAUCCGGCUCUGGGGGCUUACCCCAAAUAGUGGGGAUGAAUGCGAAGGAGACAAAGAAGCACUAUAUGAUAAUAUGUGUAAACUUAUUUUUCUCAUCAAUUAAUUUAAAAUAAUCACGAAUCAAAUUAAUGUAUAAUGAGAUCAUUAAAUCAACAAAAUAAUGCAAACCCAAAACAUAUUUCCAAUGAGGGUUAUAAAAUAAUAUCACUUAUUAUAUAUAGAUAUUCUGUCAAAUUUAACUUUUAAUUUACAGUUACAGUGCCUAUCAAUAUUUUUAUAAUUGUUUAUCUGGUUGUAAAAUGCUUAAAUGAGGUUUUUACAGAUAGGAAAGUAAUAACUACUACAGAGUUUAUAAUAAUGUUUUAAAAUUUGCAGUGGAAUGAAAUUACCUAAGCAAUUUUAAAAACAAAUCUACCUUCUUAUUAAUUAUACUAUUGAACUUUUAAUAAUCCUUUUAUAACUUUACUAUUAACAUUUUAAGUAACAUAUUUUCUUUAUAUGAUAAAUAAUGUAUAAAUAGCUGAUUAGAAAACUAUGCGGACAAAUAGUUAAUAUUUAAUAAUUUGUUUGCAUAUUUUAUUGUUUACUUGCUCAGAAAACAAAAAAUAAUAAAUAACAAGGUAAGAUAAUGGGGAUGGGUGCAGCCACUGUUGUUGGUGAGAAGUUAGGAUAGUGUAGGAUACAGAAGGGAAAUUAAUUUGUAUCUGUAAGCAACGAUAAACCAUUGCUAAACGAAAAAGCUAUUCUGAGCAAAGUUCAGUUGUUACUGAUGCUUUGUCACCAAUAUAUAUGUCAUAUUAUGGUAAAAUACUUAAAUAGGCAUUUUAUAUUUUCUUUAUUAAUAUUUGUUUAAUAUUGUACUGAUUUUCUUGUUUUUUCAUAUUUGCUGGGAAAACCAAAAAAUGACCUCCCCAAAGUACCUUUUUAGUCAGAUUUCCUUUUAGAAAAAGGGGCUAUCAUUGUAAAUCAAAGUAAAAUUGCUAACAGAAUAGUUCUCUAAAAAAAAAAAAAAUAGUAAUAUUUUACCAAUAUAUUUACUAUAUUUUCCUUUUUUUUUUUUUCGGUUUUCCACGUUUGAUAAGAAAACUGAGAAAUCAAAAAAAUGACCUCUAUGAAGUACCAUCCUAAGAAAAUUUCCUUUCAGAAAAGAAUAUUCAUUGUAUAAACUGGAGUAAGCAUUCUGGUAAAAAAAGUGUUCUUAUAAAAAAAUAUGAUUAUAAACGUCUUUGUAAAACCAAUACAUUCUUUCCUCCACUCAGAAUCUAAAAGUUUCAUGUUUUUAUUAUUUAAAUGAUGUUUAUUUUACAAAAAAUUUUGGUAAUCUUAAUUUUAUUUAAAUCAAUGCAUUAAUAUUACGUGUUUAGAUUAUUUUAUAAUAAUAGUUUAAUUAUUGUGUGUUUUACAGAUGUGAAAAAGCACUUAUGGCUUCAGUAAAUGUUAAAAACUGUGUGAAGUUCUACACAACUGCAGAUGAAAUUGGAGCAAGUACGUUAAAAGAACAUUGUUCGAGUUUAAUAUCGACUCAUUGGGUAAGAUAUAUUAGUAAAAUUGUUAUUCAUUUUUAUGACUGUAGGAUAUCCAACCAAGAUUUAAUAUUUUUAUUGAUGGAGAUAAUAUAAGUGGCAUAGUUGUAUUAAAAUAUGAAAUUCUCAUGAGAAACACUGUAUAUAUAUUAUACAGUGUACAUGUUCAUACAAUUGUGUAUCAAAUUGUUAAUUUUUAACAUAGUACAUUUACUUUAGUACAUAUGAUAUAAUAUGAGAUCUGACAUAUAUUUAUUUUUUAAAACAUUUCUUUUCAAGUUAUACUCAAUUAUAAAUAAUUAUCAUAAUGCAUAUAAUAACAAAAAUGUAAAUGCUCAGUAUAUAUAAUUAAAAUUUAAAUGUAUUAGCUUUUCUUAUUUAAUUGUUUGUAUUAUUGUUCUGAAAGACCCUCAGACCAGUUUAAUCAAAUGAUUAUAAUUUAAUACCUACCUAAUUAUUAUCCAUUAUUAUAUUUUUAUUUAUAUAUUUGUAUAGGAUGAUUUUACUAGUGAUGAUUUUGCACAUAUGUCAGCACAAUUUUUGUACCACAUGUUCAAGAGUAAAACCAAAUACCCUUUGCAUUCGGGUGUCAGACUGAGAAGAGAAGAUGUUGUAUUCCUGUACAUCGUCGAGCAUAGUUCUCAGGUACAUUCUAUAAUAUAUUAUCUCAUUGUAAACUAGGUUACUAAUUAUUAUGAACUGACAACAUAUCAACUUCUUUAUAUGUAGAAAAUAAUAUUUUUGAAUUUUAAACUGCCAUUCCACAUUAGUUUUUAAAAUAAUAAUUUAUUUCACGCGGACUUGAUUUUGUGUAUAUUCACAUUAUUAGCAUAAAUACUAUAUCUACUAAUAAUCUUUGUGUGGGUGCUUAAAAUUUUCGCUUACCUAAAUGUUUAGUUCAGAAUAAGUUAACUAGAUUUCUAAAAUAAUUUUUCGAACAUGCUGAAUCGUUUAAUACCACUUGUAUAACAUUUUUCGAAUACAUUAAUAUCUAAACAUUUAAGUUUUUUAUACGAUUAAAAUAAAAUGUAUUCUUUUUGAUUUUAUAACAUUCUAAAAGCAAAAAGCUAAAGUAAAUUUGUAAUAUUUGCAUAUUAUUUUUGAUUCAUGUCCAACAACAGUUUAGAUAGGUACAUAAUAAUUUAUUAAAACUGAUUAAAUGUCCUUGAAAUAGAGAUGAAUUUAAUUUAUUUAACACAUUUGCAAAGAUUAGGUUUUAAAUUUUGUUGGUUUAAAUAGCCAAUCAUAUGUUGCCGGGUAUGGUUUCUGAUGUGCAAAAUAAAUAUCGAUUGACAUAACAACUCAGGUACAUGGUGUAACAAUGUUGGAAAAAUAUUGUCCAUUAAUUUCCUCUUUUCUUUAAAAUUAUUAUAAUUUACGACUCGUCCGUCCGAAAUAUCCGUACCUAUUUUAUUUAAUACGAAUGCAUUCAUAACGCUGCUCUGUUAAAUUUUCGAGGAAAACGCCCCUUUGAACAGUAACAUCAACGUAUACGUGUCUGUUUGAUAAAAAUUGAAUCACGACACGUGUGCUGAAUCACGUAAUCAAAUGACUAAUGAAAUUCACGGAUAAAAGAAAAACUAAUAUUAAUUUAAUCGACUCUGGACGUUAAAAUUCGUUUUUUUUUUUUUUUGGUAAUUAUUUAAUUUAUAGAACGGCGUGUUGUAAAAUAUAAUUAAUAAAAUGUAUUGUUUUUUUUUUAUAUCAUUAAAAUAAAUAGUAAUAAUAGCUACUGCAGCAGAAAUGGGCUAAUAAGAACUUACGACGUGCAGUAGAUCACACUAACGAAACAUAAUAUUUUUGUUACGAUGAAAAAUAUGUUUCGAAAAGUAUAAUAUAAUAUUUAUUAUCUACGGUUAAUUAAUCGGAGGGAGCGCGUAAAACUACUGAAAAUAAAUCAGCCGAAAAAAUAUUUGAGUCGAUAGUAUUUUAUCCGAAAAUAUUACAGUCGACUGUAUAAAGAGAUAAGAUUAGUUCUUUCGAAAACGAUAACGCGUGAUAAAAAAUCAAUAAAAAAGAGAAAUUUCAUACAUAUUAUUUUAAAAUGAAAACGAGUUAACCAGAUGCACCUAGUAGCUCACUUCUGUUUUUUUAAUUUUUAAUCAAUGAAGUCAAUUGGAAAAUAUAUUGGUUUAGUUUUGAUAAUAAACCCAACAUGUUUAAGUUGAUGUUUAUCUACUCUUGAUUAAUUUAAAUGCUUACAAAUGGUUGAAAUUAAAAAUGAUAAUAAUUUUAAACUUAAUUAAAUAAUAUAUAUUUUUACCAUAGAAAGUAUUCAAAAUAUUAUAUUAUUUUUUGUUAGUUCUAAAUUUUGUUGUAAUUAUAACUCAAAAUUUGCACGUUCUUUUUAAUUUUUUAAUUUUUGUUCAAAAUAUUAACGUUUAAACUUCAAAGUUUUCUAAUUCAACAUUUUCUGUUUAAAACAAUGAUAAGAAAUUUAGAAGUUGAUAAUUAGUAUAGUUUCGGCCUAUUCGACUGAAAUACGUUCAGUUGUUUUAUUUUCGGCUAAAAUAUGGUUCGGCUGUUUUAUAACACUCUUUAAUCGAGUCGCUGAUUUGGUAAUAUGUUCGUUAUUUUCUUCGACGUAAUUCGAAAAACAGGAUGAUUUGAAAAACUCAGUUUCUCGUUGGUUUCAAAUUUUUUUUUUAACGCCUCUAAGAGGAGGUAAUAUCGCUACCAAUAUUCAAGUGGUAACUCAUAAGCAGUUUUAAUGAAAUAUUUGCAACAAUUUUUUCAUUAUAAAAUAAAAUGCUACUCCGAUAUCCUUAUCACAAGUAUUUAUUGCGUUGUCGUAAAUUUGUUCAAAAAUAAUUUAGUUUACGUAAUUUUUACCGAUUUUGAAAAUUAUAGAUAACAAUUUACUUGAAUUAGACGGCCUUUAUAUCAAUAAAAGUCAGAAAUUUUUUACAAAUAAAUAUUUAACUAAAUUAUUAAUUUAUACGUCAAUUUCCUAUAGAUAAAAUAUGUGUUCUUUAUUUUUCAUCUUAGGUUGAUUUACGAUGAACCGUACUUAUUUCGCUGUAAAAACUUUUUUUUUAUGCAAAAAUGCUCGCACUGACAUCUUGGAUCUGCUUCACUGUAAAACAUUAAUAUUAACCACACAAAAUCGUUUUUCCGUUUUAUACAGUAUAUUAUAAAUUAAAAUACCCUGUAUAUCUAAUUUAUCGCCUACAUGCAACAGUUGCCUAAUCACUGUAAGGUAAUAGGUUUAAGGUUAACACUUUGACACCACUAACUUUCGGAGGUUUGGACCAACCAGUUGUAAAACUACUAAAACCAAUCCUGUUACGUUUUGACCGGUGAUAAGUGAAACAAAUUAUAUCGAAAGGUAGGAUCAAAAAGAAUUAUCGACUGUUUUCAACACUUAAGACGUCAUCAGCUCCCUCCCUCCCACCAAACGUCGCCUUGUCGUUUCGCAAUAAAACUGUUGGCGGUCGGCGAGACAGAGUCGCGUGCUAUUAAUAUAAUAAUAUUAUUAUUACAAUACAAUCCGACCACCGGUUGAUGACCCGGUUAUUUUCGUCACAGCAGUAUCACUCUCGCGAAAAAUCCGUGACUCUAUCGCGACGAUAUAGGUAUUGUCGAAAUCGUCACCAUUUCGCGAGGAUGCAAACGUUUAUUAUAAUUAGGUUUACCAUGCGGUUAGGUUAGAAUAGGCUCGGUAAUCGUAAUUUUCUAAAGGCGAUUCUAGUCGAACAUUCGUCACGUGUGUAAGCCAACAGUUAGAAAAAAAAAAUUAUACACCGUCUACUCGCGAUUCGACACCGGUUUCCGGUGUUGUGCUUACAGCGUUUUGAAUACGACAUAUAAAAUAACGAAUUAAUUUAUUGAAAUAAGCCAUGCCGAAUUCCGAUACGAAACGACCAGCACGUGUUCAAAUAACUGUGUUAUAACCUUUAUUUGUAAAAAAAAACUUCCUCUUUUUUAUCGUUGUUUUACGUUUGCGCACAUAUUUCCACCUACACAUGCGCUACAUUUUUGUAAUUUUUUUAUCGGUGUUCAGUUCGUAUAUAUUAUGUACUAUAUAAAUAUACUGUUCAACAAUUUUUAAAGAGAGCUGAUAACACUUUAUCAUGUAUUGUAUUUGGGUCAUUUUUUUUCCGUUAUCUAUCUAGGCCUUUGGUUGAUUAUGAAACUCGAUGCAUUUUACGGAUUCGUUUAUAACCUUGCAAACCAACGAGUCGAGGAUUAUGUUAUAUAAGAGCAAAAUUGUAUUUUUAUAAUAAAAUGUAUAUACGUGUUUCACGUGUGAAUAGGGUGUAUACACGUGAUUUUCGGUAUUUUGUUACGAAAGUUGAAAUUGGCUACCUUGGUAACACUACUGUCACAGAUGGAAUACAUAAAACAAAACCAGUUGAUUUGGUUUUAUAUUUUUUGAAAGACAAUGAACAAAAAUGUAUUAAUUGUGAUAGGAUCGCGAGUAAAACACGUUAAAUUAAGGGUUUUAAAAGAAUUUUUUUUAAAAAGAGGAAAUAUAAAAAAAUAAUAAUCGUUUUCGUUUCACUUAUAAUUUAUCCAAGUUAUAUACAUUUCGGUAAAUAUUUUAAUAUUAUAUUAUGUACAUUUAGUGUGGUGACGGUAAAUAACAUUAGAAAAUUCCGGUUAGACCUCUUUCCGGACUCUUUGUCAUCGGUUUCGUAUAACGACAACGGUCCGCGAUUGAAAACGGGAUUUUAAACAAACAAAAAUCCUUAAACAAACGCUGCCGGAUACGAGUUUUUUGCACGUGGGUUCCGUCGGCAAUUCAUUUUUAUUCGCCAAGUUUUUCACAGCAUUGACUUUUAUUUUUUGUACAAUCGUAUAUAAUAAAUAAGCUAUAUAAUUAAGCGACGCCUCACGCCGGUUGCGUGUGCGUCUUCAAAAACCUCAUAAUAUUGUAAACGAUUAUGACGGCUAUCGUGUCGGUGUGCGCGGAAAAUUUCGACACCGGCUGUUCUGCGCCGUUGCAAAGGUUCUCGUCGCAGUAGCAAAACGUCGUCUCGGACGUCCUCAGCUGGUCGUCAUUCCCUGAAUAGCAGCCCUUCUUGUACGCGUCGUACUCGAUUGCCGACUCGGUCCUCCACUUGCCAUAUUUGUACACCUGGUAAUCGUAUUUCUGCGGCGUGCAGCCCCUCACCGCACCUUUGACAACUUCUGUGGACCAAUAAAAACAAAAUUCCAGUUUAGUUUUCGCUUGUGCAUUUAAAGAGAACUCUUAAUCUAACAGUUACAGUUGCCGCGUGUCUCCCUUCCGUCCGAUCGUCGUCGAAAGAAACCUACAAAUUGGAAAUUCGAAUAUUAUAUUUUUGAUACCGAUAACGUUUUUUGUUUGUCACCAUUUUUCUAUGUGCUAAGGCGCAAAUAUGUUUAUAUGUUUACACGGUUUCAUUUCCCCAAAGGCCUUUCACGAUUGAUUUUUCUAUCAUAUCACAUUAUACUAGUAUGAUAGGCAAUUGAAGUAAUUCAAAAUUAAUUUUCCUUUAAAUGUUUAUAGCUACUAUUUAGGUACUCGAAAUUCAAAAUACCUUUAGGUACACAAAAAAAAAAAAUUAAUCUUUGUUGGAUUACUUUAGUCUAGAGAUGGGCUUUUGACAUACACACUAUGGGUUGUGGAAAUUGUAAUACGAGUAGUUUUUUCAUUUUUGGAAACGCUUUAAUAUAGUUUUAAAGAACCGGUGAAUUCCACUAAAUUGUUUGAUCGGACGGUACCUACCUACGAAUAAUAAUAUAUUAGUUAUAUAUAAAUUCGUGACAUUACUUCCGGCUUGCAAUUCCAGUUGAAACGAUUUCUUCAUGCAGUACGUCGAAUUGGGACAGUGCACCUUGAAAAAUUCGGAACCGUCGAACUUGGAACAUAGUUUGGCCGUCUUGUUCAUGUAUGAUUCGGGCGGAUGUACCGUACAUUGGUAGCAAUCGAUUUGUCCGUGGCUGGCUAUAAACGGGGUGAAAAUAAACAAAUCAAACGGUCAGUGACACCGAAGUAUAAUAAUAUAAAAUUAUAUCCUUCCUUAAAAUCAUUCCGCGGGAUCGUUAAAACGGUUAACCCAUCCGUUGGCGUUGAUUAUAAAAAUAAUAACAAAAAACCUUCGAGAAUCGAUGACAGACAAUUUCGGUCCCGACCGUAUCGUUCGAUCGAAUUAUUUAUAUACCUACUGUGAUUAGGUAUGACGAUUUCUAUAUCUACAUAUAUAAUAUAUCCAACCCUUUUCCUGGUUACCCAGACGAAUCCCGGGAAGUUUUUCGAGUGCCAACGAUAUAUUCUCGUACAUUUUUAUUUUAUUUUGAGAACAUAAUAUUAUCUCCAUCCCCCUUACAAUUGUACACUUACCAACGUCAAAGGGUUGCCCGCAUAAUAACGCGUUCGGUUAUUGUUAUCGACGGGUUAGUUGCGUGUGUGCGUAUUUUUUAUUUAUAAGACUGAGUUUUUUUGCUCUAAAAAUUGUUUAUAUAGAUUAUUGUUUUAUUCUCUUUUUUAUUCUGCAGUGGUACCCCAUUGGGUCAGCAGACGUAAUAAUAAAUUGUAUUAGGUAUUAUAUUUUUUUUUUCGUCCUUGUAACGAAAUUUCUAGGCGGCCACUAUGUUGUUAUCCAUAAUAAUAUAGUAAUGUUUAUCUCCCCCUCACUCGUCGAUCAUUCGUUAAAAUCAAUCUUACAACGCCAAUCGUUUCGGCUCAGUGUUUCGAACCUCGGGGUUUGAUACAAAUGUAUAUGAAAAAUAAAGGAGGGAAAAAGAGAAUAGUAGCCCAUUUAUGGUGCUCCGAGAUUGUUAUCAGAAGUUAUGAUUAAGAGGGUAGGUUAUGAUAGCCGGUUUCAGUAAGUUGGAUAAUAUUGUACAAAUAAAAUAUGUCGGAUGUAUACCGCGGUUGAAAAUUAAUGUUAUCCGUGCGCAGGUGUAGCGAAAUUUUGCUCUCCUGAACAAUUUCCAAAAACUGGCUACAAUGGCGUAUUGUAGUCAGUAUUACGCCUUUCUUUCCCCGUGCCCUCUUCGUUAUAACGAUUCGCAAAUUUAAAUAGUCUAUACUCGUUGUGCACAUUCGUUUGUCGAUUUUGAAUUUAAGAAUUAUAAUAUUACGAUUGUUAUACAUUACUAAACGUUAUAACCAGGCGGCUAUUGCAAUACAACGCGCGGGUGCGGUUAAAAUAAUAGGGUUUGCCUGAAUGUUAACAAUUAAUUCGAGAAAUGAUGUCUGCCUCGAGUAUUUAUAUUGUAUAUGUACCUACACGCGUAUAAACUAUUAUAAUGCUCCUCGAUCUAUAAAACGAAUCGUUUCGAGGUUAGCGUGUAUUUAUAUUAAUUUAUUGUUCGUCGACCGGGUUAUUAUGACGGUCACGGUCUCUAUAAUAUGUGUAAUAUUACUAUCACUCAGAAAUUCGUUUAUAUCCAUCCGCACGAGUGCGUAAUUUAAACGGACGAGUCUGCAGUUGCGUAUAAAAUAGAAGUGUAAAAAAAAAAUCACGCAUUGACGGGUGGUCUUCUACCCGAGAAGGAUUGAUGCAAUUAGUGGCCAAGGGCUGAAGAACCCGUAUUGGGAACCAUAAUUAUCAAAUAAAUAAAAAUAGCUUUACUUUUUUUUUUUGCUAGAGCCCUAAAUUAUAACCUACAGCCCUUUUAGUCCCCGUCCUUAAAAUCCGGCUCUCCGUAAAAGAGGAAUAUUAACGUUUUUCUUAAGAGAUACCCGCGUGCGUGUCUGUCGAAAUUGCGGCCAGCAGGAGCGACUUGUGCCGUUAGCCGUUCUAAUAUACCAGCGUCUGCGUCGGAUUUUUUUCUCGAUAAUGUAAGCGAAAUAUCGGAAUUUUUAAAUCUUAAUUAUUUAAUUUGUCGUAUCUCGCUCGAAGGUUAAAAUAUCGAAAAAAACACAGACGUAGUUGCACAUGAUAACGAUCUUUAAGUUUGAUAAUAGGUCAGUUCACUCUAUAGUAUAAAUAAAACUUAACAGUACUGAGUUGCUGAACUCAAAUUUGCUAUGUCGUACGUUUGUAAGACAGAGACAGCACUUGUUUUCGUUUUUUUUUUUUAAAUCCAUGUACCGGAAAACGUUUUCCCACGUGCCGCGAUUUCAUGCUCGACGGUAUUAUAAAAAUUACAACCGUUUUCGUGCCGCUAUCGAAAUAUUUGAAUUAUUAUAUGUUCGAAAAAUCUGUUGCACCACUCCCGUGCAUUAAGUCAGCGCGUCGACCUCGUUUCGCCCUCGUCGCCAAUUUUCCUCGCAUCCGGGUUUGCGUGUUUACAAACUUUAUUCCAGUUCGGCGGGUUAUGUAAAUACGUGACUCGUGGUUAUCCAUCGACUGGGACCAAGGUUUCAUAUAGGUUUACACUCAGGACACAAACUUCUUCGGAACAUUAUCGGGUUUAGACCAACGGCCAUUGAAGUCUUUCCGUUUCCCCGUCUACACUCGAGACAGACUCCCUCGGAAUAUAAUAUCUGACGACGUUUGAACCGACAAGAAGGUGAUGUUUCGUAAAACUACUUAAAAUGAAUUACGUUUUGGUUUGUCUAACUCCAAUUGAGAGUGUUUAAAUAUACGCGGGAAAAACUGCGCGUAUUUUGCAGACAAGAAGUUUUACAAUGCACCGCGUGUUGUCGUGCGCAUUAAAAACAGUUACAGUGUCGUGACGUUUAUAUUAAAAUUUAAUCGAAUCAUUAUUUAGCGUAGACGGUUUUUAUGUUCCAUUUAUAUUGCCACGGUUAGUGAAAGUCUGCGAUUAUUUUUUCGCGAUAAACUAUUUAGACGAAAUAACUAUGGGUUUGCAGAAACGAAUUCCGGAAAACAUUUUUCCAAUCGUUUAUAUAUAUAUAUAUCACAGAAUCGAUUAAAUCGGAAAAAACUCGAUUACGACGACAAAACGAAAAAAAUUAAACAAAAAUGAUGUGUAUACUUCACGGAGUUUUGUCGCCUCCCUUCCCCCUCCUCCAAAGAAAUGUAUUCCACCGUAUAUAUUGCAAAAAACUUACCGGGUACCGAAAUCAACAAGACGACUACGCAGUGAACCGCGAAGACGGUGGUGAUAAACGGACCGGUCCGAAACGGCGGAGACGACGACGGCCACGGCAUUCUUCUAGAUCGAAAAAAAACACUAGGUAUAACUAAUCGCGACAAAAAAAGCGUUCGCGAUUAUUUUUAAAUCGUCGACAUUUUCUCGGUACUCUCUCGUUGUCACACUCGUACGAUAUCCGAUGACCGGGCACCGGUGUUUGGUACGAAGCGCACUCCGCGUAAUUCGUUAGGACAACGACCACGUCUAGACCAACUCAACGUACGACUGGCCCGUGAACGGUUUACCGCAGCGAUCGCGUGGUUCGCGCCGCCGCCGCUCGGUACCGUUGGAUCGCCGUCAUCGAGUCGCGGUUGGUGGGAUUCCGGGUUCGUUACGGUACGUUCGGUUAGACACUCGUAGAAAUCCCAAAUGUUAUCGACGUGAAUACGACUCUUAGAAAACUGUAUAAUAGAAAAAAAAAAUCGACAUUUUCAAUCAGAGUUAAUAAAAACGAACGUUGUGUUGUGCUAUUGCGAAAAUUCAACGUGACGCGUUAGAUUUAUAUCAUUAUUAUAGUCAAGAUGACAGCGAUUCUAUCGCAGUACUGUUUUUGAACGGGGCAACCGCGUGUAUAUGUCCACGUAAUAUUAAGGGUGUCUUCUGAAAUUUAGCUAUGUUCCAUCAAUAUAUACACAUUCUAAAACUCGAAAACUUGAUAAUAUUCUAUUGUUGGAUCUUGUUCCGAAAUUUAGGGUUGCCGACAAAUUUCCAUCGUUCGAUUUUUCUUGAUAUAUUAAUUCUUAUAUUUUUCUUAUUUACCGUGAUUUUAAUUUAUACCAGCAAUAAGUUAAAACACAUACCUGUUGUGAAUAUUAGAAAGACGGACAUUACUCCUCCAUUAUUUUCACAUAGAUCAAUACAUACUUAAUAAUAUACUCACACUUAAAAAAAAAAAUUAUUGGAAACUCAUUUUAUAAAACAAUUAUUAAAAAUAAAAAAUAUUAGGUACUCGUUAGCAAAUUAACUGUUGAAGGUCCGUAAUUUAAUUUUGGUUUUGUGCACACAUGUACUUGACAUUAUCAAAAUAGUAACUGUGGAUUACUGUGAUAGGUGUAUAAAGACACAGUUUUUAAUAAUAAACAAAUUUAGAAAUUAUUAUUAUACUUUACACUUGAUUUACGAUAAAUAUUAUUAUGGAUAAAUAGAACUUGUUUUCGUAUUAUUCCGUAAAAUUACUGUAAAAUAGUUUUUCAUAUUUUCUAAAUAUGCCAUAUUUAUUAAUACCGUUUUUAUCUGAAGAGAAAAAUAUUCUAGUUGUAUAUAAAAAUUAACGAAGGGGGAGGGGGAGAAAGGCCAUGAGAUUUAUACCUUCUAAUAAAAACAUGACAAAUUAUUUCAAUAAUGGCGUAUACGAAUUAUUAAUACGGGACCCCAUAUAAUAUUAGUGUUAAAUACAACUGUAAAACGUGAAACUGUUUGUGGGUGACGCGUUGAACGAAAAGUCAAACUAAUCAAAAUGUUGAAUCGACUUUAUCUCGAAUCAGAAAUAAUUAUUUUUUCGAAACAAAUUUAGUUUAGUAUCCCUUACAUUUUUCAAUUUAUUUUUUUUUUUUACAUAAUUAUGCUUUUCAGCGCCAAUUAUGAAAAUAUUUAAAUUACUUUGGAGAAACCAUUAUAAAAAAGCCCGGACAAAUAACCUCAAAAACUUCAAAAUUUUAAAUUUGUUCUCAAUGUUGAAUAUGAUCGCAUAAAUCAAACUUUUUCAGUGUAGCUGUUACUUUAGAAGUUAAAACGAUCUGAAGACUAUGUCACUAUACUCGUACAUGUGUGUGGGGACGGCUCGCAAAACCGUAUAAAAGACAAAUUUAAAAUACCUAACCGUGAUUUCUUUAAAAUGGUUUCCGUAAAAAAUGUUCAGGAUCAGCGACAAAAAAUGCACAUUAAAAAUUUAAAAAAAAUUUCGUCCGGGUCAGUAGAUUUAUAUAAUAAUAUCCAACUUCGAGGUGCUAUAACUUUAAUGACUAAUAAUAUGGGUUCAUAUUUUGAAAAUAAUCAGUUAACUACCAACAAGUAUAUUUUCUAGCAAUUAUUCCAAAUGAUUUAUGUUAAAACCCAGAAUUUUGCCAAUACAAUUUUAUGCGUUGAAUCACUAGCUAUUACAGGUGCUCUAUAGUAUAUACCGACUUUUUUGUCGAUGUCUAAUGAAUCAGUGUCAUUUGUAAGCUUAUAUAGUGUUCAGCGAACGUCGCAGAUGAUGUUUUGUAUUUCUCCGCUAUUUCCGCCGCCCAGAAACCGGAUCGCGAUGUUCUGGCCGUAUUUUAAACGCGUUAUUAUACUUUCUCUCCGGGAGAAAUGAGGCUCUCUUGCGGCUUAUGGUUUAACGAUCUCGUGUAUGCUAAAGAAACGGGGUCAAGACUAUAAUAAUAAUAUAUUAUUAUUGUAAAGACGAGCGAUGUAAACCUAACCUUGCGUGCGUGUCCGAUAACAUUGAAAUUUAAUGUACAUUGUAUACGUUGGAGAGAAAAAACGCCAUCGUCGCGUUUUUUAUAUGCGGAUAUGACGAUGUUAUUUGUAUUUAAAGUAUUAUUUAAGACAGAUAUAUGAACUACAGGAAAUAACCUAUGUAUAAUCGGUCCUUCUUUUUUCGCUGCUUCAUUUUCUUAACAUUCCUCUCAAUCCCUAUCACAUACUUUCAUUUCAUUCAUCCCUUGCUAUCAUUAAUACGAUCGCCUUCUUUGCUUAUUCUGGGUUGCUUAUAUAAAUGUAUGUAAAUUAAUUUUACCAUUAUGUGUAUUUAAAUUUUGUUUAAUCAAUAUAAAUAAUCGUCGAGACUACUUGUUAAAACAAAGUUUCAAUAAAAAAAAGAAAAAAAGAAUCGGUCCUGACAGUCGGGAAUAGAAGGAUUUUUGGUUGUAAAUGAAACGCGUAAAGAAUUCAUUUGAUACAUAUUGCCGUUUCUUUUUAUUGUUAGUUUGAUAAUACCGCGCUAUAUUUCGUUUGGCCGUUAAAUAAUUAAUAUUAAAAAAAAAACCAUCGAAUCUCUAUAAUUAGGUUGUAGAUUAUUUAAACGUUCUGUAUAUUUAAUAAUAAAUUACGCGUUUUACGUUUUUUGUCGUAAUCCCCUCAAAAAUAGUCUAUUGCACUUUGUAUUAUAUUUAUUAUAUUAUGCUACUUUGGAUAUUUCUAUACUGGUUCUCGAAAUCAAAUACGAUCAAAUUGGAGAAUUUAUAGAUGUAUAUGCUUAUCGAAGUGAUAAAAGUUGUGUUGAAUUUUUGAAUGAAUAAACUAUGUGUAUUAUAAAUGUUGUUGUUGGUGGAUUUUAGCUCUUUAGACUUAUAAUCCUUAUCAUUCUUCAAUGGAGUCAAAUAGUUUAAUUUUUGUGUGCAUAACAUUAUUAUCAAUUGCGCCUUUUCGGGGUUUCAACUUUCAACUCCCAUCCCUAUCAUUCUUAUGAUCAAAUUUUACAUUAUUUUGGAAAUAGUAAAAUUUUAGUUGUAAGGUUAUUUAUUGUAUUGUGAAAAAAUUCUACUGUAGUGACUGAGUUCUCUACUGUUCGUGGGUGUUUUUUUCUUGAUAGCUGCGAAACUAACCUGAUGCAAAUGCAGCUUGUCGCCUAAUCUAACAAGAAGUCCGCAAGUGAGUCGAUCUAUUUUCACGGAUUUUUCAAUUGAAAUUUUACUUUAUUCCGAUCGAUAAAGCAAUCCCGUCAGUUUUUUUUUUACGGCUUUCGAGUUCCUAUACCAACCACGUCGCUCUAUAGCUCAAAUAUCGAAGUAUUUCGGUCAACAAUAUUGUUAAUUUUAUCGUAGUCGAAAUCCUUUCAUGCGACCCUGACCCUGCAGACGACGCAGCGAAAUAUCAUAUUUAUAAUAUUAUAUAUGGUUAAUAUUCCAUGACUCACAAAAAGAAUCGUUUUCCGUCGAAAGACACGCCCCGUAUAUAUUAGGUAGUAUUUCGUUUUACCUAUAUUACGGAAUAUCGGAAAACAAAAUGACGCAGGUAAAUUUGCAAUAAAAUCAACCCGCGCAAUGCAGAGGCGUUUAUCCAUAUGUGGGUUUGCUCAGCUUAUAAAUGAAAUAAACUUUACAUACGGGGACAAAAAAUAUUAAUAAUCACAGUACAAAAUAUCAAAAAUUAUAGUUUAUAUAUUAAUUUAUAACAUUAUCAUUAUAAAAUAAUAAAUCAGCACUAACAUAAUUUUAUUAUACCAACCUACAUAAAAAUUAUUGCAGGAGAUGAUAGAAAAUAAUUUGUUUUUAAUUUAGGUAUGAAUAAUGUAUCUUUAUUACGAGGAUUACUACUCUUUAAUUUAAAAUUGAUUUUUCCUAGUAUAAGUGGACAAUCUAUUCAAUUAUUUAAUAAUUUAAAUAAAACAUUAAAUUUAGGUAUUUUCUUCUAUUUUUUAGUGUUGUCAUAUUUAAUAAACCUAAAAUAUAAUUUUAUUCAGUGUUUGCUGGUUUUUCUAUUAUUCAUUUAAUAGAGAGAAAAUGCAUAAAUUCAUUUUGGUUGGAUACAAAAUUGUGGUUAUAUUAUUAAGAUACCAUAUUAUGAGAACUGUGUAUUCCAAUUGGGAACGUACCAGAGAAAAAUAUAUUUGUUUUUAUUGCUAACGUAUUUUCGAAAUCGGAGCAAGAUAUUUUGUGGAAACUCAACAUUGAAGAUGCUUUAUUUUUAUUUUUAUUUAUGGUCAGUGAAUUUUUAUUUAGAGCCAAAAAAGAACCUCUAGAUCAUUGAUUACAGAGACCCGUUGAAUAGGAAGGUUUGAUAAAUUAUAGUCGAAUUCAAUGUUGUUGUUUUUAUGGGAAAAAGUGAUUACUAAGCAUCUACGUAUGAUGUAACAUUUUAUAACAUUAUUUAAAUACCAAUUUUUAAUGGUAAUUAAAUCAUAUUGUAAAUUUAAAUAAUCGAUUAGUAGAAUAGCUGUUUUAAAAAUGUUUGCAUCAACAGCCUAUAGUAGUAGAAUAUUUGAAUAUUUUACUAUCUAUGAUAUAUCAUUAAUGAACUCUAAAAAUAAGAGAGGAGAUAAAUGGUCUCCUUGAGGUACCCAUGAUGAUACAAGAAUGGGGUCAGACAGAAAAUUAUUAUAUUUUUACUAAUUGUGUGCGAUUAGAUAGAAAUGGGAAAACUACGAUGGAAGAGGACCAUCAACACCACAGCUAUGAUGUCUUUUCACCAAAAUGAUCCACGCGGACGAAUGCAUUUCGAAAAUCUGUGUAUGUAGCAUCGAUUUGUGAGUUUCUAUAGAAGGAAUCUAAAAUAAUUCGUUUAAAGAUAGCAAGAUUUGUUGUAGUCGAUCGUCCUGGGCGGAAACCGUGUUGAUCGUUUAUUAGAAUAUUGUUAAGAAUAGGAUAUAAUUUCGAAUUGUAAAUAUUUUUGGGAGUAUUGAUAUUUUUGAUGAAAAUGGUUAGGUGAGGUUAAGUUUGUAGCAUUGGGUAUAAAAUACAAUAUAAAGCGGACUAUUUUCCAAAGUGGUUUUGAAUAUAAUAUUUUAAGAAUAACGAUUUAUUUCCUGUUUUGUGACAACCCACGAUUCUGAUCGAAUGCCUAGCGUUUCAAUAAAUAACGUGUCCACCUACCCCGAAGCAGUUCUACCUAGCCUAUAUUUUAGAUAAUAAAGGGGCGGGACAUUUUUUUUCGAUUACAAUAAUAAUAAUGGAAAUGUCACUCGCUAUAUAUUAAUAACGUGUUAAUUUUUUUUUUUGUUCGACGAUGAUGUAAUAAAUGUAAAUAAUAACAGUAUAUUAAGCAUGGAAUAAUAAUAUUUCACCAGCACUGUAUUCAGGGUUUUACCUAGGUAUAAUCGACAGCUGUGCGCGAAAAAAUAAUGAUUUUUGACACUUGAAGGACCGCAGUAAUAUACGUAUUGGCAUUAUAUAAAAUCAUCAAUCUCGUAUAAUAAUUUUUUCGGACGAUUGGUGGCCCAAGCGUGUUGGUCAAAUAUUAAAAAAAAAACCGGAUAGUUUACAAAAUAUUAGGUAUACGAAUUCCAUCGGAACGUUUACUAACGUAUUCGAGAAUAUUCGGUAUCAUUUUAUUUGUAUAAAAAACCAAAUUAAUGAGUCAAUAACACGUUUCGGUUUGAUUUCGGUGUUUAUUAUUCAUGUCGGAACCGAAAUAUUCGCUAAAAAUAAGAACAUACUAUGGCACCGUGACCGUUAGUUGAAGGUGACUACUGUAAGCGAUAAGUUUGCAGAAGGUAUUGUACACAUGGUAAUUUAGUUUAUAUUAUACUGAAAGUACCGAUAAACCAUUGCAAUAGAAAACCGAUUCUGAGCGGAGUUAGGUAAACUGUCAAGGCAUUUAAGUAUUAAUCGUGUGUUUUCCCCUUGUAUAUAGCAAUAUUGCGUUACGCUUCAGAAAUUUAAUAAGAACCUGACGGGUCCGUCGUUUAUUGUUAGUUCUUCAAAUUUUUUAGAAAAUCUCUCGGUUAUCUGAAAAUUGUUUUCAAAUAAAGUACCGCCAAACGGAAAAUCCGAAUGUUGCUGAAUAUAUGACACGAAAAAUUUUGAUUAUUUUUAAUACACAAAAAAUUCUUUCCAAAGAAAAAAACAUCUUUGUAUAACUAUAUAAUAUAACUUCUUCGCUGUACCGCAGCUUAAAUUAUAAUAUUUAAAAUCAUUUUUUUAAACACCUCGGAUACGUUAUACGUAUCUUCCGGUUUAUUGUAUAGUUUUAGAUUAUUAAUUAGCGUUGAUUGAUGUAUUAUAAAAAAAAAAAAAAACACACAAAUACCGAAUGACUGUUAUUAUAAUGACCAAUGACGCGAAAAUUUAAAAUUAUUUUUUCUCACACGAGGAAAAAUCAUCGGUUCAUUAUGGUAACAUUAUCAAUUUUUUUUUAUAUCAUAGUUUAGGUUGCAUUCAAUAAUAAUAUUACUCGUAUGUAACAUGAUGUACUAAUGAGAUUGCGUCAACGGAACCUUUUGUGCGCUAACUAAAAUAUAUAAUAUACAUAUAGCUAAUAAUAAUAACAUAUAGCAAUAUAUUAUCCGAAUGACAUUGAACUUACCAUCGGUAUGCUGCAGCGUCUGCAGCACAAACCGAUAAUUAUUUACACAGCAAUGUAUUAUUAUACUCGUGUACAAUAAUAUUAUUUAAGAAUAAUAAUAUUAUUAUAAACGUUGUAUGAAGAGUGGUCGACACAAGUAUUUCGUCUGAGACAUACCUGAAAACCGACUCGCAGUGUUUUGUAAUUUAAGUGAUGAUAAUAAUAAUGAUGAGGAUAGUAAUAUUAUACGAUAUAUUAUUGCUAAUUGCAUUAUUAUUUAAUUUAUUCUCGUCUAUAUAAAAUCGUAAUAACAAAUAUUGUAUGUAUAUAUUGUUUACGGUAAAAUCGACGGUGGGGUUAGGAUAGAGUCGUGGAAGACCUCAGGAUGAUUAGGGGUGGAGUACGCGGAGGAAGCGUCAAGAGACAGGGAGAAGUGGAGGGACGUUGUUGUUGCGGUAAUGGAUCUUAUUGGUCUUUAAGAUGCCUUAAAAGAAAAAAGAAGAAAAUCGAUAAUUAUAUAAUAUUUAUAAGGUAUAUUUAAUAAUUGACUCGUGCGCAAAGAAAAAAUUAUAAUAAUAAUGUAUUUUCUCGCUACUCUCAGUGUCCACUGCACACCCGUCCUUAUCGUAUUUAACUGUUGAUUCCCGUUAAUUAAUUUUUUUUUAAGAAUUUUGUUGCCCGUGACAACCGAAUUAACUAUUAAUAACCGUUUUUUUCAUCCGCGUCCCCAGAGUAACCCAUAAAUCAUCAAAAUACCACGAACUCUUUAUCAGCCAUCCUUCAAGGCUUAAAUUUGUAAAAUACAUUUCUUAGCUGCUGCGUAUAUAAGGAAUAUCUAUGUAAAAUUUUUAGUUUCUAGCCCAAGCGGUUGUGUCAGUUUAUUAUUUUAGACAUUAUAUGCAUUGAUAUGGAUUACGCGAAUUUUUUAUAUUAUAUGUGAUUUUAAUCUCUGUUAUCUCGGAAAAUAUAAAUUAUUUUUUCUAACAAUUUAAGGCACUUAUAAAAUGUUACGUUAUGUUACGUCAUUUUUCCUUCUUUAUAAAUAUGUAUAAAUAUUGUAUAAUGAAGUAAUAGACCUAAAAUUAUGACUCGCGCAUAAAGAGAGAAACCAUUGAUACUGAGCAAAAGAUAUAUGAUUGAUGAUGGUUGGUUUUGUCAUGGAAAAAUAAUAUAAACAUUAUUUACUACACAGUUAUUUAUUAUCACUAUAUUAUCAAUUCAGAAAAUAGUAUUGUAGUUGUUAUACGUAAAGAAUAAAAAAAAUAACAAUACCAAUAAUAUAUUCUCUUUCGUGAUAUAACUAACUGUUAGUUCUAUCGUUCUCGCUCAAUAUCGAAUUGUCGAAUAGGCAAGAGUGAUUCAAUGCGUGGUCAAUAGUUGUUAGGUCUAUAGGUCUAUGUUAAGGAUCCCACCAAUUCUCCAAAGACCCUUGAAGCAUUAUCAGGUUUGGAACAACAGGUUGUUUAUGUUUUUAGAUUUCCCCUCUAUUUGGUGACUUUUUCAUUGACUAUAGGGAGAAAGCGGAAAGGUGUGGAUUAUAUGACCAAUCAAAACGAGUAGUGUCUCUGAGAGUGCAUAUCAUAAUAUGCAAAGUACGCCGCCAAAAAGGGGUGUCGGCAACGGGCCACAAAUAUCAUCAAGAUUUGAAAUGUUUAGUAUUUUAUGCUAACGACCACCUGAAGUUCUAGAAUUUUCGUAUAUAUACCACAAAUAUGUUUUUUCUAUAAAAUCUACUUGUGCCAAGUUUUUGGUCCACGGUUAGAAUUGUCUCGCGUACUUUCGCUGUAAUUUUUUAAUAUCAUUUAUGUAGUUACAUUAUAAUAUGGGAAAUUAUCAAAUCUUGUAUUUCUAUAGUGGUAUUGGAUAAGUCAUCUAUUGCAGAGUGAAUUUUGAUUACAAAUCCGAUAUCUUCUAUGCGUGUCGAUUUUUUAUGUGUUAAUGAUUGUUUUUUUUUCAAUCCGAAUAUUCAAGUACUUGUAUUAACGAGUCAACUACAUAUUUUUUUUCCUUCCGCAGUUUUAUUUUUCGACGUAGAAUUAAAAACCGUCGCUCAUUUGUACUUACCGUAUGUGUAUGAGUACGUGUAAAUAAAAGUAAUUCGUAAUUUGUUGAAUAGCGCGCAUAAUCGAUUUAUAUUCUUAUUCUGGGCAUAAUAUUAUGCGGUAUAAGAGCACUUCGGUGUUUGUUGAGAAUAAAUAAAAGGUUGCAUCAUGACUAACGACGAUGUGUACGCGAGUGUUAUUUUAUUAUUUUAGUAUGAUGGCAUCUUUCAUCUAAUUAAUUUUUAAUGUUCGUUUAUUAACAAAAAAAAAAACGACUUGGUCAUACUCAGUUAUACUGUAAGUAGGUAUUAUAUAAUACACUUAACUAUUUUACUUAAUCGGGUAACUAAUAGAAAACUAAUAAAUUGACGUUAAAAUAAUAUUGUUUUCGUGGAUCCGGGAUAACUGCUGAGUACUGUAUUUUUGUUUUGUAGUAAAAAUUUUAUCUAAUUAAAAAUUGAAAAUAAGCUGAAUAUCAUAAAAUGUAACUGCAUAAUAUGAAUAAUAUAAUACAAUAUAAGUCGGUUACGUAUUAAAUCAAACAUUUAGAAGGGGGGGGGGUGAAUUACUGACUCAGCUUUGUUUCUCUAUCACUUGCCCAUAUAGGUAAUCACAAUUAAUAAUUUUUUAGCAGGCCCGUGCGUAAGAAGGAGGUGGGGGUUGGGGUGCCUUUGUGUGCAUCUUUACAGUUACUAGUUUUGUAAAAUUAAAAGUAAGUUUACUUCUGUAGGACUACUAAACUAUAAAAGUAAUCGAAAAAUUAUAAUUUAUAGUAAAGUUUUUUUUCAAUAUAUUAUAUAGGUACAUUUUUUGAAAAACGCUAAAAUAUGCAUAAUAAUUAAAUACGUUCAAAACAAAAUCGAAUUUAACACACAAUACAUUAGCCUGGGAUUAAAAUUUGUGUCUUAUCUAACUAUUUUGUAAUUAUAUAAUAUAUAAGUUUGCGAAUGGACCACAAUUCCGGGCUCGUUACUUUAUAAUUGAUAUAAUUAUUAUCGUAUUCGAUCGAUUCAUAUAAGUUCGUUAUAACAUUAAACUUGAUAAAAAUGCCCGUUAUUAUUAUUUUUUUUUUUUAACGCAUUCCUAUAAAUGACAUAUUACAGCGUCGCGGAGCGGGGUUAUUAUAUUAUUAUGUUACGUCGUUACGAGGACGUUGCGCAAAAUAAUGUUUAUUUAUGCCGUAAAAUAAUCGGUAUUGCUUUUUUAUUACGCUGGCUAGUGUAUGAAAUUGUCGACCCGGCGUGGCGUUUGUAAAUUUUAUUUUAUCGAUCCACAUCGUCAAUAUUUUCUGGCAGUUUUUAAUCCGUUUGAAUCUGAUGGUACAUUGUUAACAUUUUAUAUAGUUUCGAUUUCGUUAUUGUUUCAAAAAUUGAGUCCGUGGCCUUUAAAAUAACCCUUAAAAAGAUACGAUGUAAUGAAAAUGUUAUAAUAUAAAGAUAACGUGCAUUUUGAAGUAUUUAAAAAUUAACAACCAAUAAAAAAUAAAUUUUAAAAAAAAACUGGUCUGUUGGUGGGUGUACCACUUUUGUAGGUAGGUAGGUAGGUAGAAUACAUACUUAUUUUUUAUACUUGUACGCAACGAUCGUUGCUAACGGUAAAUCGAUUCUGGGUGAAGUUUGAUUAAACUUGUUUUGGAAUGCUGCGUUUUUUCCGAUCUUGGUCAAAGUUUGAAUUUAAAGAAAAAUGUCUACAUCAUGUUCGACUUUUUUUAAAUUUCAAAUAUAACUUAAGAUGGCUAGCGAUUAAGUGUAUUAUAAAUAUCUUGUGUUCUAACAUGGAAAUUACGAGUUUCGACUGACGCAUUUUGCAUUGGUAAAAAAAAAAAACUACUACAGUAUGUAUCGGUAGGUCGUGCCGACAUUUCCCGGAUCGGUGCUCGCGAAUUACUUUUAAACAAUAUUAUUAUUACUCAUUGACCGAAACGACGUGAAAUUUUCUCCGGAUGGGUGCCAAGAAAUCCGGGUUUUCUCGGUCAGUCGUUGGUUGCGCAUAAUGUAUCGACACUCUACUGCCGACUAUGAUUAAUAUUAUAACAUGCAGUCGUAUUUGAGUUGAAAUUUAUCGUUUCGCGAGAUUUUUUUUCAACCCAUUCGCAGGAUCCCAAACCGGUUUUUUGAAAACUGGUGAAAACCUAUAAUAGCUUAACCAAAAUCAAGCAAUUUCAAUAACCGUCCGUGAAAUCGAAACCGUUAAAAUUUAUAUGGGUUUAAAGUUUUCAACAAAUUAAUUGUUUUCAGUGUUUACAUUUGUUGGGGAAAUAAGCAUUUUUGUACGAAGAAAACAUACUAGAAUCGAUUAUUAAUAGUUCUGAAAAAAAUCUUAUUCGUUUCAUGUUAUUAGUGUUAUGUGUGAUAUGUGUGUAGACGUACACGGUUAGAAGCUGAUUAGAUUGGUAGGAAACAAUCCAGAAUGCCGUGUGGAAUCGUGUACACUGUACUCCUAUACCAUAUUAUGGUGUUUGGCCGUGCAGCAAAACGAAUUUCUUGGUCGAGUGUUUGGAAGGUGUAAACUAGACUAUAGUCGUCAUUCUUCUUUCGUAAGUAGUUAAAAAUUUUAAAAGCCGUUCUUAAAACUAAAAACUAAACAGUUUUCAAAUUCCAAACCCAAACCGUUCUUGAAACAAAAAACCGAAACUGUUGAAAUUGAAAGCGGUUUCGAAUUUUGUUUACCUUAACGUCAAGUUAAGUAAUUUCGUCGGGAUUCCCACGAGUGCUUAAAUAUACGUGCCGUAAAAAAAAUUUCAACGGCUCUUGCCAUACGAAAAUCUCCGUUAUUUUGAACAUUUUACAUUACCAUCACCUUUUAAGUAAUACAAAUAUGCCACGAUAAUCCAAAAGGCAAAACGCCACUAAGUAGCCACUAAGUAAUCUUGUGAAGAUUGUAAUAUAAGCGGGACUUUUUUAAGUACUGGAAGGAUGGUAACGGUAAAUUUACAACUGUUUCCUCGGUAAAAAUUUGCCGAACCCAUCAUACAACGAUCUUCGUUUUUUUUUUUAUCACACUAUGUGGAAUCUGACGGAUUUUCAAAGACUGAUAUUUUUUACGUAUAAAUUAUUAUCAGUCUUAAGCCCGAAUUUGUACGCGUUAAAUUUUUUUUGAGACUCAGCAGCUGAGCUAGCACAUUAAUAUGCUCAUGUUUUCGUGUAUUUUUUGACGUUUCCGAUUUUUAUUGCACAUAAGCCGUUAAAUCGUAAAAUGUGUAAUAAAAAAAAAAAUAAACAAAAAAAAAACCCCCGUGUAAUAAAAUAUUAAAUUUUCCUUCAAGACCCGCGCGAUAGUUUUUAAAGUAAGAUGUAAAAUGUAAAAUGUCGAUGUUAUUAAUUUUGUUCAGGUUUUUUUUUUAGUGUAUAUUUUAACUUUUUUUAACGUAUGAAUUUAUGGGAUUUUUAUUGCUUUUUUGGCUGAUUUUUAGUGCAUGUAAAUACGAUUUAUAAUUAUAAUUAGAGCUCGCAUUUACUAUAAAACGGUUAUAAUAAUUAUUAUAACCGUUCCAUCGUCUCCCUUCGGUUUACUUCAUGGCACUGGCGUUUAAACUAAAAACUAAAUAUAUACUCCAUAUUCUAUAAUAAUAAUAUAUAAUUUAACAAAGUCUUAAGUAUUUUUAUAAUAUACGACAGUGUCGUAUUUCAAUUUAUGGAACUUGUAUAUUAUAUAAGUGCAGUAUAGAUAACAAAAGCGGACAAAAAUAUUAUCAUGCUCGACGUUUUAAUGUCGUAAAUAUCACUACUCGUUGUUGAUCGGUCCUUAUAGUAGAAUAAAAGUUGUCUGAUAUAGAUAAUCCGAGACUGUGAAUUCGGGCAUUUCACCAGUACGGCUCUGUCCAUAACUAUUGCUAUGUACAAUGCGAGAUAAACGCCGACAGAUACGCCUCUUCCGAUUGUCCUGGACUCCCGGAUGUUGUAAUUUCUUCUCGUCAUAAUUAGUGUCAUACAUUAUAAUACUGUAUACUACAAUCUGUAGGUAUUGGCGGUCUUGUAAAAAAUAUCAAAUGAUAUACAGACAGAUCAAAUGGAUUUGUUCACGCCAACGAUCCAAGUAGUAUAGGCAGUGGACGUCAUCCGUCGUUGUUGUUUACGUAUACCCACCGCGAUGUCGUUGAACCAGGAGGAGUAGUACGAAACGCUUUUUUUUUCCUACGUCGCCAAGGUCGUCCCCGUCGACCGUAACGGUACUCUAUACGAAAUAGUGUAUUAAAAGCGUUUAUAAUAAUAUUAUCAUAACAAUAUGUACGCGUACUUUAUUGUCAAUAAAAGACGUAUGGUGAUUGUUCGGUGACGUGGUUUUUCGCGGGGUCAUAACCGCGCAAUAUCGGCACACAGCAGCGGAGCAUACAGACUCGAUAUUUUCGAAGACACGGGAUAUUAGCAUUAUUAUUAUUGUAAUAUUCUAUUUUCGAUUUUCUCCCUAUAUUAUACGCUUUAGGUACUACCAAAAUUACCUAUAAUACGCACAUAGUCGAAUUGACCUUUGUCGCAAAGCUGGAGGUCUUUUCAAAAUCUGCUGCGAAUUUUUUUCAAUAUUUUACGGUAUAUUUAUAACGCGCGCUCAUAGACAUCGUCAGCCCAAAUACGUCACUCCGCGUAUGAGGUUCUAUAUUAUAUUCUAUUUCGUCAAUAUUGCAAUUCACUCAUGUGCAGUACAUUGAGCCGUGUUCAUUGGUAUAUGAAAUGAAAAAAAAAACAUACUUAUGUAAUAUUAGAGCGGUCCUUAAUAUUUUAUAGAUGAAGAAAAAAAAAUUAGAUGAUUUUUACCUCCGUUCGUUAUGUUCGUCAUUGUAAGAGAGAAAUUUUGGGAAAAUUUGGUGAUGAUAGUUCAAUCCCUCACGUGCCGCAAAAGAAUUGAAAAUGACUAAAGAGAAUUUUUUUUGAAUUUUAUUGAAGCACUAGCAUCUUUGGACCCCUCCCCCACUCCCGUAAUUUAAGCUUUUCACCAAAAAACUGAUUACUAGUACAAUUAUAAGUAGUUGGAAAUAGAUUUUAUGUUUGAACCUCCCCCCCACAAAAAAAAAAUGUAGUUUUUAUACUAAACUUUAUGCAGCCAUAAAUUAUUUCAACGAAAAUCAAUUCUAAGCGAAGUAGUGUUAGUCGUAUUUUUUCUAUUAUUGUUAAGGGAGACAAAGAAUAAAAAUAACGGACCUAGGGAAUAAACUAAUGAAAAUUUCGAUAAAAGUUUCAAAUUUAAGUACUACCUGUGAAAAAUCGGAACAUUUUUAAUAAUCAAAAUAGUAUUUUUCAGUGGGGGGAUGAUACAUCUUAUAAUAAAACUAAAAUAGCUUCCUCGUUAUAUCAGAAUCUAAAAGUUGAAAAAUCAAUUUUACUUAAAAUUUUCGUGGAUAAUCUCCAGAUCGUUCUUAUAUUUAUCGACAAAAUAAAAAUGGGAUAUUUUUUUCAUUUACCUUCAAAACGUCGCAUUAUUAUUCGCAUAAAGAAUCGACGAAACGCGUGAAAUAGAAAAUAUAAUAUCUCGACCGUCGUAUCAAAAUUUAUAUUCAUCAAUCAUCUACUAAGUCAGUCAAUUAACUAAUUCUAACGCACGGUUUGUGUCCAUCAUACCAGAUAAUAGACUUAUAAGACUCGGGCGUAGUGACUGCGUGUGUGUGUGUUUGUGGUGGGAGGUAGGAGGGAUUCAACAAAAGAAUUGAUUUUUGUCGACAAUUGUCGUUUCCGUUAUACAUUAAUAAUUAUAUUACAAUAAAAACGGGCACCUAUCUAAAAACUUCUUGUUAGUUAAGAUUAACUUUUUGUUUUUUUUAUUAAAAAUAAUAAGGGAAAUUUUAAAUAAUCGUUGUAUAAUAAAAGUCGCAUUUAAAUAGCUCCUUUUUUUUUUUUAUCGUUUCUGUUUAUUAUAGUAUAAUAGGUAAUAUUAUACAAGUAAUAAUGUUGCUAUUUUUUUUUCUUGUUUGCUCUCGAGCUUGUUCAAUAUUUUUAAGUAAAUUCUUUAGUCAACUAUAGGUAUCUAUCUAUAAAUCACAUAAUCACAUACCUGGUGUCGAUUUUCACGCUUCCGGGUAACGAAUUCAAAUUUUCACCAAUGACACUAGAAAUUAUAUUAUUAUUUUCUUUUUGUAAUAAAACAAUCAUGAUAAAAUAGCAAUUAAAACGAAAUCACAAAAUGAAGGGAUUAUAGUUAGUAGCAUUUUAUUUAUAUUUCACAAUUAGAGCUUGCAGAAAUUUUAAUAUUAAUAAAAAAAAGUUCUUUUCGUAAUCCUCCAUAACAAACAAAAUAUAAAAGCUUAUACUGUUGUCGGAAAUGAGAACAUAAUAUUAUGUAGUAAUUCAAUUUAAUUCUGUUUGCUCAAAACGACAAACCAUUGCUAACGAAAAAUAAUUCUUAGUAUUGAGUAUUAUUAGUCGUAAUUUUCCCUUGUUAGACAGGUAACCCAACAUUCAAAAGAAAUUAUCAAAGAAAUUCGAUAAAUGACGUCAUACAAUACAUAAACCCAGUCAGUACAAUAUAUUGUUUCAAUCAUAAUAUACAAACUAAUAAAACUAUUAAAGUUAUAUUUGGAUUGAAUAAUUUUGAAAUAUCCUGUCAGCCUUCACAAUUACUAUGGAUUACUAAAUGUUCCAUAGAUCAUAUUAAGUCAUUUUGUAUAUAAUACAAAAUGGUUAUUACUAAAUCGCGGAUUUCUAUGCAAUUGCAUUUUUGGAUUUUUGUCAGUAAUCUUUAAGAACCGUAAUAGUUUGAAAUUAAUGGUGAAUUUUUUUUUUUUACAUAUUUCUGCAUACUAAAUGGUUAUUGCAUAUUUUUACAAAAUUCAAAAUUGAUCGUAUACAAUAAUAUUUCGCUUAAAAGAAAAAGAAAAAAUACAUUUUGUAAUAGGAUAACUAAUCUGAUAACAAAGUAAACUUGUGUCUGUAAAUUUUUUUUUUUUGAUGUUUUCACCAACAAUAGUGGAAGAUCUGUUUUCACUAUUCUUCCUCACUACUGCAAGUGUCUAUAAUCUUAAUAACUCUUCCUGUGUCAGUCAUUUAUUGACAUACUACUAUUUAACGUCGUUGGUUUUUUAGUCCGUAAAUCAUGAAUAUAUCGAAAAAAAGUAGUUCGAUUUGUAAUAAAAUUCGAGAGUGGAUUUUUUUUUAGCAAACAAAGACACUAACCGUAAUUAAUUUUAAAAAACAAUUUGUUUCUUGAAUAUUAUAGUGCAUAUUAUUUUCACGAUUUUUACUGUUCUAGUUUCCUUUUUAUUCUAUAUUAAUUCCAAAUAACAUAAUGCUUAAAAGUUAAAAUUAUAUUUACAAUAAUAUAAGAACAUUUAGAAAAUGUUAAAAAGGAACAUUUAUUCAGAAUCACAGAAUAUUCUUUGACAUCAUUCAACGAACGAUUGCUGAAUAAUAUAAAACACCUAUUCUUAGAUUCAUUUUUGCUUAUUAUUACAUUAUGUUAUUCUUAAUUAUUUUGUUUUAAACAAAAUAUUCUUGAAUGGAUGAAAGCGACGCAUGAGCGUCCUCGUAGAUAAAAUUAGAAGAUAGAAAUAAUAAUGAAGAAUAUUGUAUGCCCCAGUUAUUACUUUAAUUAACUCAAUAAAUUUUUUGGUGCUGGCUGAAAAAAAAAAUUGAGAUCAAAAAUUGUACAAGAAAAUACAUGUAAAGUUUUUGUUUAGAGCAAGAUUUCUUGUAGAAAAGUUGUUUAUAAAUACAAAAAAUAACAUUUAGUAAAACCAAUAUACAGAAAAACUAUAUGGGUGUUGAUGCUAUUUAAAUAAUUAUCCUAAUCAAAUUUAACGAUAGGUAUACAGGGGACUACCACAUAACAGUACACCAAACCCAUUUUGUUGUCAUAAUAAAGUUGAUGUAAUCAAAACAUUUGGUUGGAAUUUUUACCAACUAACAUAGUUUCACCAACCAUACACUAAGGUCCUUCCAACUUACAUUUUUUUGUGAUAGUAUAACAAUACAUAGAAUUUACAACUACAUCAUAAGGUCAUCUUAACAAUAUUUAUAUUGUUUGGGUAAUCAUUAUGAAAUGGUAAGAACUAUAAAUAGAUAUAGGAGAGAAUAUAAUAUAAAUUAUAAUAUGUACCUAUUCUUUUAUAUAUAUAUUAUAUAUGAAUAAAUAAAUUGGAACAAAAUAUAAUAUCUGUAAUACGUUUAAUUUAAUUACAAAACUUACAAUAUAAUAAUUAUUAAUACAAAGUAUAUUUUGGUAUAAUAAUAUUUCAAAAAUUACAAGAUACAUAAUAUGUAGCCUUUUUGAUAGUUUCGAUUUCAAUUCAGUAAUUCUUUUUAACAUUUUAGCAUGAUUCCAAUAGAAUAACAAAUAAUUUAAUACGGACUACGGACACUGUGGUUAAUGCCAAUUAACAAUAAUACAGUAAGUAAUGGUCGACACAAAAUAGGUUUAUGGAGUGCAGAUAAUUAGGAGUAAUACGAUUCUAGGACGCGCAGUUUAUAUUUGAUUAUCGUAAAUGGUUAGAUUGUUGCGAUGUCCAGAAUAAUAUUAGAACGUAGUUAGAACCUACUAAAAUGGUUAGAAUAAAUAUUUAACCAUAAAGUGUAGUUGUAAAUACUAUUUAUUGUCAAUUUCAUAUAAUUUAGGUCAACUUAAAUAAUUCAGUAUUAUCAACUAAACAUUUAGGUAUAUUUAGAGUAACCAAUCGAAAUAAAAGCAACCAUUUACUAUAACUAAUAAUUAUUUUUUUCCGUGUGAAUAUCUCUCGCUUCACUCAUCAAAUACUUAUAAAUUAAUUAAUUAAAAUAUCCUAUAUUAUAGUAUAUUAUACUGUAUACCUUUCAAACUUCUCACUUAUAACAACAGUGGUAUAAAUUAUGUCUAGAUUUUUUUUUUAAUAAAUGAAAAUAAAUAAAUAAUUAUGUAACGCGUAGUUUUGUCUGGCAAAAAAAAAAAAAAAAAAAACGUUUUUACACGGAAAUAAUUAUAUAUAACAAUUAUAAUAUUAUUUUGGUUACAUAUGUUUGUUAAUUCAACCACUAACAAGUUUUCUGUCGCGUAAAGUUGCAAAAUCUUUAAAGUUAAGCAUUUAUUUCAUUAAUAUACCUACUGAAAUAUUGUGCUCGAAUGCUUUUUAAAUAUUUACACAGUAUAAAUUGAUAAACAGCGGUAAACGCACGAUUUGUGAGUAGUUAACUGUUUUCUAUUUGUAUAGUACUUGGAUUGUUUUAUCUAUACGCAGUGUGAAGGUCGAAAACGGUAUUUAUUUGUGCUUAUUCAAUUGAAAUAUUCGGACUUUUAUUACAUCACAUUACAGGUUUUUCUAGCAUUGUCCGUGCUAAAAGAAAUAAUAUUAAUUUUAAUAUUUAUUAUUAUUUUUUUUUUAACUUUAUUUCAUCCGUAACAAACUUCCAUCCAUCCAAUUAAACUUUCACGUUUAUGAUAUUAGUAUAGGAUAUACUACGUAUAGUUUGAUUCGUCUAUAGAUAGCCCUUGAUUGAAAAACUUUCGGUGUACGAUUUGUUUAACCACAAAGACACAAAACUUCUAUUUUGAUUUCUAUCUCGAAAGGUAUAGUAUGUCCUAAUAGUAUAUUAUGUAUUUGUACUGUAGAUCGAUAAUUCCUGGCAGUUUACUUAUAAUUAUAGUUUAAACAAGUUAAUUUGACAUAUUAUAGUUUCUGUGAACUUGCAGACAUUUUCGACCGGAAUCAAUAUUCGUGUUAUUUGAUUAUUUACCUCACGUUUGUUAUCAGUUUCGUCUGUUUUAUCAUCUAUACAUAUUAUUACGACUUUCGUAUCCAGUUGUAAAAUUAAGUUUUCUCAUUUAUUUUAAUUUCUUCGAUUAUACUUUGUUAUAAUAUAUUCUUUGAUUUCUAUUUACUUUCCCUUGUUUGAGGGGUAGGCUUACACCUACGCUGUUUAAUAACCUUCUCGAUAUGCAUUGUUGCAUAUUGUUACCAUUUGGCAACGUGAAUUUUAUUCUCGAGUUAUUAUUUUGCAUUCGCACUUGAUCUUUAUAUUUCAUGACAGCAGUCAAGGUGAAAGUAUACCCGGUUUUUCUUUGGUCGAUAUUAUUAUACCGGUGCGCUGCAUCAUCCAUUACGAGCGUAAAACGCUGUUUUUCAAAAUUGAAAAUUAUAAAAUGUUAUAUUAAGGUAUAUUUGUGAGAAAGGUGUAUCUUAUAUAAAAAAGACCAGUUCUGUCUAUCUGUGAUGCUCUUUUAUAAUUGAUACGUAAAUUGUAAUGUUUAGGUUUAAAUUAGAGUUAAAACACAAAUAACAAAAUUUAAAGAGAAAAAAAUUGCUGAAGUCUGUAUAAAAAAUUGUGGAAAAGUUACAGCCGUGUUAGUUUUUGUACUUUUUAAAUAGCUGUAAUUCUUUAAAUUGUGUUAUAUGUGAUACAACUCCAAUUUCAAUUUAAAUGCCACAAUUUAUGUUCUAACGUAAUUUUGUCGAUCGUGUUAGUAUGACGGUAUAACACGUGGCAGUCCUCUUAUCUAAAAAAUGUUAGAUUUACCCAUGUCCCUCAUAUUUAUAAUUUAUUCUUUGUAAUGCGACUUUGUCUCAUUUUAUUUCAUUCAAUUUUCUAAAUAGUACAUUCACAUCAAUUGGUUGUUGCCCUCAGAUUUUAUCAGAUGAUCUUUAAUCAUUUAUAUUUCAGUCUAUCUGUAAUUAUUAUUAUUAGUCAUUGCACAUUUUUGUACGUGAUAAUGAUUUUUUUAAUGUUAAUAAAUUAAUAAACGAAAUAAAACUUAAAUUAAAAUGUUUAGUUUCGUAUGUUAAAAAAGUUUUCGUCAUAAGUAUUUGCAGCAUUUAGAUUUAGCACUAGCCAUUUUAAACAUUUCAAUGAUCGUUAUAACAUAUAGAGAGACAUACAACUAUCAUAGUUGAUGAAACUUUGUACAUUCGGCGUUCAAAACAAGAGGAGAUCAGUGCUGUUUACUUUCAAAUUUAACCCCUAAAUAGCGGUUAGUACAAGGGCUAUUUAUCGGUUUCUUAGGAGACAUGGAAGGAAGAAAAAAUAGUUAUUAUUAUUUAAUUUGAUUGUCCCAUACAAGGAAGUACUUUAUUUAAAGGUUAAAUGACCGGACAAUAAUGAUUUACUGCGGUAGGUUUCGAAUGGAAAUGGAAAUUUAAUUUAUUUUAUUGAUUUCUGUUUUUAACAGGAUUGAGUCAAAUAAAUACCGAUUAAUUCAGCUAGUCAAAUUUAUAAUUUCAUUUAAAACGAUUCUAUAAUAAAUAGCGAACAGCAGUAGGAUAUAUUCUAAGAAUUGUUGUCAACUACACAAUUUUCGAAAACUCUAAAAUAUUGCAAUUUAUAUUUGUAUGCAAUAGGUACCACUAUUAUACUUGUUUGGUAUAGUGGUAUUCAAUAAUAUACAUACAUACUUCUUAUAGCAAUUUAUAUGUAAUACAUAUUAAGCCUUUAAGUUUUAAUUGAUAUUUGCAUCAGAUCUAACCUGUGUAGUACGUGAUAAUUAUAAAUAAUAAAUAACAAAGCAUUUAAUUUUUAAGUGCAUAGUAAAAGAUAUUUAUAAACAUAUAUAUAAAAAUUGGUGAUUGGAUAAUUUAUAAUAUAGGAAACAAAGUACAUGAUGUUGUACACUACGUUUAUUUGUUGUAUUUUGCAUUCAUUAUUUUAAUAUUAUAGAUAGGCAAUGUAAGCAAAGAAUUUAUAAUAUGAGAGGCAAAGUACUAAUUUAACUACACAAUAUAAAGAGCAAAUAUAUUUAUAAUCAAAAACUGUUUAAUUUGAAAAAUAAUUAAGUAUACAUUCAUUUUAACAUGAUAAAUUGUCAUUCCGUUGCAUUUUAAUCUGCCCCAUAAAUGUAUUAUGGUGUAAAUUGUAUUGUUUAAGUUUGUCUUGAUUCUAUCAUAUAUUUUGGGAUAAUGUGAAAACGCACAUAAUAACCAUUUACAGGCCGCUGUAGGAUUUACUAUUAAAUCAAAUAAAUUAUUUGACCAUAAAAAGGAUAACAUCGUUUUGAAUCAUGAAUCAGUGGAGUAGGUCUUAGUUCGCUUAAAUUCAGAGCACAUAAAAUGACAAGGAUUUUCUUUUUCAUGAGUUAAUGUCAUACAGUUAUCCUACUGUCUAUUGAUUAAACAUUAUAAUAGAUUAUAAACCAAAAUAAUAUUCACAUUUGCGAAAACUUCAACAAUUUUUAGAAAAUACCUUGUCAAUAGUUUCAAUUACCAAAAAUGUUCAAAAAUUACUAUUUUGAAUUUUUUUUUUUUUAUCAAUUAUAAUAUAAUUUAAACCACUUAAAAUUUAUACAAUAUUUCAAUAUAUUAUUUGUAGCGUACUUAUUAUUUAAAAUAUAUAUAUUAAAAAUACUGAAUAGACAAAAGUUAUUUCAAGUAGCAGAUCAUCGUGAGACAUCCUGUAUAGUAUACUUUGAAGAUUUCACGUCCAAUUAUGUUUACAUAUGUUAUGUUCCUAUAUUGUAAUGUUAUUUUAAAAUAAAAACCAAUUUCAUAUUAUUGUAAUAAAUUGUUUUAUCGUGAACGUGAAAUAUGGAUAAAAAAAAGUUAGGUUAGGUUCACUCGUAUACAUAAUAUUGUCAAGGUCUCGCGUGAUACUUAUUCAUUUAAAUAUUAAUGAAUAUGCGUUUUUCAUAUCACGUAAAAAAAUAAGGCAUCUAUUUAAACUUCAACCAGUUCGAUUGCUGCAAGAUUUUUUGUAGACAAAUUAUUUAAAUCAAUACAAGUAGUUAAUUGAGUACAAGUUGUAUAUAAUAUAAUGUAUCUCAAUAAUUAAUUUAAACACUACAUAAGCGAAUAUUUUUUUUUUUUACUCUAAUACUAAGUACUUAUAUAUAUGUUUUUCCGAAAUAUAUAUAUAGGUAUAUUAUUAAUUUGGGUGUACUUAUAACUAAUAUAUUGUAUUAUUUUGUAUUACUAUACAAGGAAUUAAACAUUUUUCAGGUUUCACGUAUUUAAAACCCUAUCUAAAUAUUAAUUAUUUUAAAAGUAUUUAUUAUGAUUAAAUGUAAUAAUAACUCAAAUACUACAGAGUUGUCUAGGUUUAGCAUACAUUUUAUGUAUAUAUAUAUUUUUUUUUUGUUUCACGUGCUAUUUACACUUUGCAGCUUUUACCAGAGCUCUUUAAAUUUGUCAAUACUGGCUUCAUUUCUUAAUCUCUUUAAGUCAUCUUUUACUCGGGUCAUUCACCGUUGUUGUGGUCUUCUCACAGGUCGUUUUUUAUUUGGUUUUUUAAUGAGUAAUUGUCUUAUCAAACUACCCUCUGCAAGUCAUAUACUAUGUGACCAGCUCACUCUAACCUUUUUAACCUCAGAAAAUCUUGUAAACUCGGUGCAUUGUACAGUCUGUUUAGAUUUGCAUUUUUUUUCCGCUCGUAACACCAAUAUUGGGUUUAACAUAUGCCCAUAUAUUUUUUUUUAUGUUUUUGUCUUUUAAAAGUCAAUGCUUAUUCUCGUCAUCUUGACCAUGUUUCACACCCGUACAUGACAAUGGGACGUAAGUAAGUAAUGUAUAGUUUUUUCUCGGUGUCUUUUGAAAGGAGUUUCGGUGCGAACAUUUCACUCGUGCAUAUAUUUUUCAUGUUAUAUAUUAGCACUUUAGUAUUUAAAAUUCUCGGCUUGUUCAAAAGAAUAUUGAUGCUAAAAUGCUCAAAUUUUGUAACGGUGCUAGGACGCCUGUACUCAUAACAAAUACCUAGUCUUAGGCAAAAACAGUAGAUUAUUAUUCAUAUUAUAUUCUGUACGAUUCAAACAACUAUACUGUAUAAUAUAACACUGUUGGCUAGAUAUCUAAUAUCUAAACAGUAUUUUAAUAAAUACCUACGCGGAAUCGCUGACCUAUAGUAAUGCGGUCCUAUUUGUUAUUUUUUAGUGCCGUCUCCGGACGAUAGCCGCACUUCAAGGAUAUUUCACGCUAUUUUUAAGAAAAAAAAUUAUAUAAUGUAUAUACUCGUAUUUCGUAUCGGUUUUACACCGACUUGUAUUAUACAACUACACUCCCCACGCUAUCCUUGGUAAAUGACUUAUCGACUCGACGGAAACGCAGUUACACAUUAAUGCUAUACGAUUGAGGUGGGGGGAGGGGCGUAUAAAAUAGGCGCAUUCGUUUUAUCGUUUCAUAUUACGUUUAUUAUUUAUACGGCAUAUUGUGUGUACGUUUUAUCUCGGCGAGGUUUAUUGAACCUCCGCCGACAAUAAUACAUUUUUAUUAUAAUAAUAUUCCAGAAUAACAACAAGAUACAGUACAACUUCCAUAUUAUAACGGUUAUCGAAGGGAUUGGAAAUAGUGACCGCUAUUUAGAGGUGACGUCCUUUAGAGGUUUCUUGCAGAGACAUAACACUUGACGAGACCAAAAAAAAAUGACCAUUACACAGAGGUGACCGUCUUUUAGAGGUCACCGUUAACGGAAGUUUUAUUGUAAUUCGAAAAACGUCUCGUGCAACCGCAUGUCUGUUGCGAUGACUGCUACGUUCACGAAAAUCGUCUGUUCAUUCGAACACGGCUAUUAUUUAAAAAUUGACAAUGUUCUUUCAAUUGAUACAGUGGUGGCUAUCCUGUAGUAGUGCAACAUAGUACCGACUUUUGAAGAUUUCGACAUCAAUUGCAGCAUGAAGCAUCGUUCCUUCGUGACCAAAUCCGGUGGGUGUACGUGCGGCACUUAAUCAUUGGGUAUGGACCAUAUGGUAUGAUCACGAAAAUGGUGAAAUUCAUACCGAAACAUCUAUAGAGCAUUGUUUCCCAACCAUUUUGAUAGUACACAGAUUACUUAGGGAACUUACGACAGGUUGUAGACCACUUUGAUUUAAAAGAAACUCGUUUUCAGAUAUAAACCAGGAUCAUUUUUUUCCAAAGAUUACCAAUUUUCUACUUUUAAUUUAUGAUAACCUAUAUGUGUAUAACAUUUUGAGAUAAAUACUGUUGCUAAGAGCAUUGAGCAUUACGCUCUUGUUAUUUUUUCAUUAUGAGCAAACCACAAAAAUAUAUUGUAAUAAAUACAAGAAGAAAAUAAUGUAAGGCAAUUCUCCGCAAUUCAUGCGAUAUUUCUCAGUGUAUGAUUUUUCUUUUCACUGAAUGUCUGUUUUUCAAAUUUUUUAGUAAAACAAAAAAAAGUCGCAUACUGAAUUUUUCAAUUUUCCAAAACUGCUUAUAUUAAAGAGAAAAUGUCACGUCACGACUGUUCGACGUAUUAUUUUAAUUAUUUUCUCGUUUGUUUGGACUUGCAAAAUAAGCAUGGUUGUUGAAUUUAAUAAGUGAAGUUCCGCACGUAUAUACAGUAAUCAAAACAAAUCGGUGUUGAAGAAUUUUUUAAUGUCGGACUUUAUUAUGCGUAUAUAUGCAUUUUGUUUUUAGUUAAACAAGAACAGUUACAAAAAGACAGCUAAAUAAACCUAGAUCGUUGCGUUAAACAACGAUGUUUUCGUCGUCGCCGUAUGAAAAAAAAAUGCAAUUCGCAUGACUCAUCGUCCGUUCGUAAUACGUAAUUAAGUAUUUACUAAAUGAGUAACACGGCAAUAUUAUUAUCGGUAAUAUUGCAGAUUUUGAUUAGGAUAAUAGUUAUUAGUGUUGUAUAAUAUGAUAGUUUUUCCUUUCCAAUUGUCGAAAAAACUAAAAGAAAAAUCGAAAAAUAAUCUCUACAAUGUACCAAUUAAACAACAUAAUGGUCGAAAAGAUGUUUUAGACACACACACAAAAAAAUAAACGCAUGCAUCAUGGUAAACCCCUAUGAGUACGCUCAGAAUCUAACACCCCUCGCUUCUCGUUAAUUUAUAUUAAGAUUGAAACCAUAAUAUUUCUUAUACUCCGAAAACCCAUACUUUGCUGUUCGUAUAUUAUGAAAUUUAACUCGUCGUGUAAUCGAAACAUUUUUCCUGUUUCAAGCCUUAUAAAUAAUAUAUGUGUAGGUAUUAUAAUAAUUUGCCUAUAUUCCUCAAGUUUCCUAUUCAAAACGGCAAUAGAGAUUUUUUUUUUAUAAUUUCAAACUCAGUGUCAAUCAAUUUUUAAUUUUUGAGUUUCGCUAUCCUGCGUUAAUCGUGUUUAUAAGUACAGUAAUCAUAUAAUAAUAUAGACUUGAACAAAAUAUAGCAUUAAAAAUCCAGUGCGGAACUGCAUGCCUGAGAGCUAAAAAGAAGUUCGGCGAAAAUUACCACUUAGAUGUAAUAAACUUUGACGUGGCCAAAUAAUAUGAACCAUAGACGUGCGCAGGCUUCUUUCUUGGAGUAUGCAGAGGGCUGCCACUGGUGUCCCCUGAACAUUAUUUUAAGCACGUAAAAUUUGGUAAAAAUAUACACAAAUAUUAAAAUGUCUUAAUAGCUAUUUAAUUAAAAAUUUAAUUUCUACUUAAAAUUCAAAUUGAAUUACAACCUAAAACGUACGUAUUUCGUAAAUACUUGACGCAAGGCAAAUAACAGCUGUUUCAGUUUUCCAAUAGCGCUCGGUCAUAGACAUAGUAUGGAGUCAUACGUCAGUUGAUCAGACUAUCGGUUUCAUAUAUGGAAUUGCUAUCAGUGUUUAGCUAAAAGAUCAAAGCAAUAAUUAAUAUUGUUUUGAUUUUUUUUUAUCUUUGUUAUGUCUGAAAACAAGGUAUAGUGUUCAGGGUACCCUGCAUAUCACACGCGUACGCUUAUGAUAUCAACUCUAUACAAAGUGAUUUUUUUUAUUAUGAACCAGCAAUUAUCUCUGAGGAAUUUAAGUAAAUUUGAUUUCUGUUUUUUUUUUUUUAUCACCAUGGAAUCGUUUAAACUUUAUUUUAAAACCAUUUUAAAUUUUUUACCCCUACGCCAUUUACCGAAAAUAUUUAUAUACUUUUAUUUUUCGAAUAGGAUCCCUCCUUUUUGAACUGAGAUUUAAAUAGAAAAUAUUUUUUUUAGACAUUUUGAUGUACAUUGUCCAUAACAUUGUAAUAUCAGAUUUAUCGUUUACGACUUAUAAUAGUUUAUUUUAAAUAUACGUUUAAAAAACUUUUAUCUAUCUUAUCUUUUCAAUUUCCCACCUACAACAGUUAUAUUAUAGUGGCUCACCGAUGAACAGUAUCAAUCAUUUUUUCAUAUGAUUACUUUAGUGUGAAACACGGGCGAUUACAGUAUUCACCGAAAAACUGACAUGUUGCAUCCGUGCUAUUCUAUUGUCUAUGUUUCAAACGUUUAGAACAUUCGGAUCUCUCGGUGUGUGAUUAUUCUAUUAUUUACUUGAGGCGGUGAAUUAAAGACUAGAUUAAGUAAAACAGUUUGGAAACUCUGACGUAUACGGAAUGUUUUUUAUAACAAUUUAAUUGUACAAUUGUGUACAAUGUUCUAUUAAAAAUCUACAGAAAUCUACGUUCUAUAGAGAUCCACGUAAUAUAAUUAUAAAUUAUAAUGCAGUACUCAAGUCGGUUAAACGAUUACAAGAGAUGUAAGUAAACGCUGUAUUAUAACGACGAGUGGUUUCAUUUACCCGCUGUUUAGUAAUAUUUAGUUUUUAAUUGAAUUUUUAUACAGUAUAAAAUUAUUAUGCUAUUAUGAGCAUUAUGACGUGAAAUAUACUAGUUAUACGGUCAAUGUCAAAUCUUAUGUCACAAAUAUAUGCCUAAUCACGUGUAAUUUUGUUUUUCAUUCUUCCGAAGGUCGACCGUUUAUAAUCGUAUAAAUUAUAUUAUAUCAUGUUCUCCUUUUAUAAUAUAUACUGCGUACAUCUCUCGUAAUAAUAUUAUUUCUUACAACUCUACAGGGGUGGCGGCGCGAUGGUACUCAGAGGGAACUAAAAGUUACAACCCUCAAAUAGUAAUUAAUUCUUGAAAUGAAUACUAUCCCGUCGUUUUAUAAUAUUACAGUAGUUAUAAUAUUUGUUUGUGACCGUGGUUUUAGUGGUGGUAAAUACGUCAAAAAUCAGUAUUGAAAUAACCUGAAAUAACGUCCGUUAUAUUAUUAUUCGCAAAUUAACUCGCAUUUCAAAGGUUUACUAUAUUAUAAGUUUUAAGUUACAACAUACGUGUAUGAAAUAUAAAUCCGACAUGAGGAAAUCUGUAGCUCCUCGGACAGAAAUGAAUAGAAAUUCUUUUUCCGUGGUGCGUGCAUUAUCCGCUAUUAAAUACACCCCUGAGCAACACGGUUUUAUUGUUUAAAUGUAUAUUAUACGUACACGAUUUUUUCAAUUAAUAAAUUAUUUUAAAAACGUAUAUUGUAUAAUAUUUUGAAUUCUGAGCGAAACAAGGAAUGUAUUCGUUUUUUUUUUUUUUAAUCUGUAAACCACUUUUUGAAAAGGAAUUUUAUUUGGGUAGUAUCUUAGGCAUGUAGUUUUUUUAUUUUCCAAGUGGUUUUCAUAAAUAAAUGAGGUUUUCCCCAUUUACAUAGGAAAACGAGAAAAUUUACGAAAUAUAUUAUUUUCAAUUUUGUGGUUCAGUUAGAAAUAUUCGUAAAAGCUUGAAAUUUUAACAAAAAAAAAAAAAAUGAUGCAUGCCUUGUCUAUACGUGGUAAAAUUUUCAAAACAUUUUAGCCAUUUUUGAGCUAUUUGUAGACAUUUAAAUUUUGCCAGUUUUUACGUGAAUUUAAUACCAAACAGAAAUGUUUGACAGUUUAACAUAAUGUUCAUUAUAAGUCGUUGGUAAAAAAAAAAAAAACAGCGUAAUGGAGAAUAUUUUUUUUUUUAAUAAGAAUUUUGAUAUAAAAUUUUAACGAAAAUCGUAAUUAUUAUGACUAAAGACUAGAUAUAUUGAUCGAUGCAUGCUAUUGAUGUUGCAAAAUGUUUUGUAAUAAAGAUAAAUUAGAUCUGAUUAAAUAUAUAGCCGAUAUGUACUACAAAUAUUCGGCCUAUUUAAUUUUAUAAUGCAAUUUUUUUUUCAAUUUUCGACGUUUUUGCAAUUCUCCCACAUUUUUAAAUCAUAGACGUUUAUCGUUCGUCUGGAAUUUUCUAGAAGCUUGGAGAGCCCAGCGAGUGAUAAGCGUCUAUAUAUAUAUGGUGGCACCAUCGAGAAUGCCGGGUAUACCUUUACCACCCGAACCUAUUAUUAUAAUAUGGGGACAUGGUUGUUAACUGCUACACUUUUCUAUGCAAAUAAUUGUGAAAAGUUUAAAAACGUAAUUGAAAGUUUAAAAGAUGAUAUCACAAAUGUCGAAAAGCUGAAACAGUUUGUACAAAAUAAUGCAGUCAAAUGUGAUUUAGCAUUCAUAAAAUUACUCUUAUCCGUGUUAUCCAUGAAUCUUAAAAAUUUGGAAGAAUUUAAUAGUGAACUACUGAAAAGCAUGGACAUUUUUAGAAAAAUUAAAGAUAUUUUAACAAAUAUUCCUGUUCCAAAUGAGAAAAAAAUUAAAGACAAAUUUAUGUAUGUAAUUAAAAAAAAAAAAAUUAAAGGUAUAAAACUUUAAAGUCUUAUUAUGAAGUCAUGUCAGAUAAAGUAAAUGUUAAUUUAGAUAUAACGCCUAUUUCAUUAAAUUGUUUUAAAUAUGCAUAAACAACUAGUGUAGACGUAGAACAUAGUUUUUCUUUGUACAAACAUAUUUUAAGUAAUAGAAGAUUUAAUUUUAAUGAAAAUACUUUAGAAAUUUAUCUAAUUAUCAAUUUGAAUUUAAAAAAGUGACAUUUAUCUAAUUUUUUAUAUAUAACUUUUGCAUUUUUAUAGUGCAAUUUAUUAUUCAAUUUUUCGUAUUUUUUGAUGCAAUCAUAUAAUUUUAAUAUGCAAUUUUUAUGUGUUUUAAAUGCAAUUAAAUCCGAUCUUUAAUUAUGACCUUUCAAAACACGUAUAACUCAGAAUCGUUUUUCGUUAGCAUUUAUUAAUCGUUGCAUUCAGAUAUAAUAGUAGGUACAUUAAAUUCCCCUAUAUAUCUUACAUUUGGAAUUUCUCACUUACAACAGUGGCCCACUCAUCGUGCGAAAUAUGUCCGUUUGUUUUUUAUAUUGUAUCCGUGUUCCGCGGUCUGUGGACAAAUAAUCACUUCGGAAUUUUUGUGAUAAUUAAUUGUUUUCGAACCGAUUGAAAUAUUAUAUUAAGAAGCGAUGCAUAAAACCGAAACUCAUACUUCAGUAUGAACUGCUUUUUACACUCUACUUUUUUUCAUUCGAAUAACGAGAGAUAAUUAAAUAUCGUUUGGUUGGAAAAGUAAAUAUAUUUUUUUUUUUCGCUGAACAAUAAACUUUCUUUCGCAGACGGUCGUCGUCGUUACUGUAAGCAUGUUUGCAUAUAGAUCUGCAUUAUGCAUACGAUGAUUUGCGGAUUUUCCAUUUUUGGUUAACUUGGUUUAAUAAUACGCACUAUUUAUUAACACAAUAAACAACGGAUGAGACGAACACCAAAUUAAAUGUGUUCGUGAUGUUUUUCGUUGCUUUCAAAAUUACACCUAGUGAAACUUUCGUGUCCUCCAAUAAUAUGAACGUCGAGCCCGCGGGUUAUUAUCUAAUAUACACCGAACUCGCAUUAGCUAGCCUGAGAUGAGUCAUCGAAGAAAUCUGUAAAUUAUUGUUAUUAUUUUUUUAUGGCACAAUUCCUUUGAGAAUUACCCUUUUUCUAUGCCAUAAUCGUUCUUAUCUACUUAUUAUUUACUUAUUACUCAGUAAUUAUUCGAUACUUAUUAUUUUAUUUUAUUUAAAUUAUCUCACUCAUAUAUAUAUAUAUAUAUCUUCAGAGUUAUACUAUUAUUCUAUCAGCAUAUCUUAAUAACUUGCUUGACUAUAUAUAUAAUUAUAAAUUAUAUAUUUCUCGUAAUUUUAUUCGUAUGGAUUUUCCAUCGUAACUAAUACAAUACAUGGAAUUAGCGUUAAUGGAAGGCUCGAGCUUUGCGUGGGUACAAACAAAUAAAUGGAAAUUUCGAAAGAGAAACAAAUUUUUAUUGAAUUUAUCGUUUGUUCAUCAAUUAUAUCAGAUUUGGCAAUUAAAACAUGUGUACAUUUUAAUAAACUCGUAAUAUUUUAUUAAAUUACCAUAAUUGGCGGACAGUGUACCGCGCCACCAUUAUAUUAUUAUUGUAAUAUAUUGUAUAUGUAUAUACAUAUAUAUUUGAUUAUAAUAUAUUUAUUAUUGUUCCGGUUUGCGGUUCGGUUCAACAUUUCGGGACGCGACUCGUUUGAUUGUAAUAUUAUUAUAAUAAUUUGUAUGCAUUAUAAUUUACACAAGGCCGAGUAGUGAAUUCAAUAAUCGUUUCCGUAAGUCGGUGAUAUUUUCGUAUUAUUUAUGCCUGUUAUAAUGUUAUGCAUUCGAAGGUCAGAAAGCGCUGUGUACGGUCGACAAACAAAAUAAAAACGUAAGUUACCCACGCGUAUGCGACAUACAAACGAAUAUAGAUACGUAUAUGUUAUAGUAAACCGCGGUUUACACGUUUUCUGAAAACUUCCGGAAAAUACGGGGAGUUUUCGUAUCGUGAAAUUUCGGAAUUUUCAUUUCAAUAUCAAUUUUCGUGAAUAUUUAAACUUUCGUACUAUGUUGGAUUCUGAACAAAUCAAAAAAUGUAUCGGUUUAGUAUGAUGUGUAUUAUUGGUCUCUGCAGCGUACAAACAACUUGCGCGCCACAAAUCUUACUCAAAUAAAAAUCUUUAUGUAGGGGAACUUUCAGGUAGAAUUUUUUAUCUAAUUUUGGUGCAUUGAGCAGAUUAGUUUUUGAAUACACUGGGAAAAAAAAAACAAUUUUCGUAUACAUUUUGUUGAUUUCAGUGGAAACUAAAGAAAAAAUACCUAGAACUAGGUAAUAAUACUUUGAUCAGAAUUUUUUUUCCCUAGCAGUGGUUUAUCGUUGCGUUCCUGAUAUAAAUUUAAUUACUUUGCAUAUUCUCUCUUUUAACUUUUCUCUUAAAAAAGUGGCUCAUCCAUCAGCUGCAUUAGUCUUUUAAAUUCUGUGCGUAACGGGGGAGCUAUUGGUUUUACAAUACGGUUUAUUACUUCUUCCUUUUCUUUUUUUUUUUCUUUCUUUAUUCUAUUCUGUGGACACGUUUUUUCCUAGUAAACUUGCUCCGGUUUUUACGUGGAGCAAAUUUUCUGAAAUCUCAAUUUGUCUUGAUUGUACUUUAGAGAGGUUAUAUUUUAAAUAAAAGAACUUAAGUUGGAAACAACGUAGGAAAACGUACAAUUUCACGAUUUCAUUAUUUUAUAAAAACACGGACGACAUUUUCUACUAGAAAAAAUGAUUUAAUCGAAAAGUCACAAGACAUAUUUUCUGUUGCCUUUUUGAUUUACUUUCUUACGGUAUCAUCGUCUAAACUUUUGAGCUUUUAAAGAAUUUUAAUUUUUGGGAGUUUUUUUGCUGUAAUUUGAUUAUAAAUACACGUAGAAACUUGAAACUUGGUAAUAUUACUUAUAUUGGACUUACCUAGACGUGGUAAUUUUUCCAAAAUCAUCAGACGACUUUUUUUACGAUACUUCAAAUUAUAUAGUACCGAACUGCUAUUCAAUUACAAGAGGAAAAUUAAUUUUUUUAAAUGACUGUCCUGCUAAGAGGUUGGUUUCUCACUCUAUCGUUUCAGUCUAUCUUAUACUUGAUCUGUUUGUUACAAAUACAACACCUAACCUAACAUUACCUUGGGGUUAAUAUUCCGUCCAUAAGUUUACGCGAAAAAUUGGCAACCGCUAUAACCUAUAAUAUACCUAAUACAAGUGUUAAAAAAUCGAUCGAAAUAUAAAUAUUAUAACUAUACGAAACUUCAAAAAUUUGAAUAUCUUUAUAUUCUGUUGGCCUUGCCUGUUAAUAUAAACUAAUUAGUACAAAAUAAUAUGCGAGUUCGAAAAUGGAAAAAUAUCUGUUUUUCUUUUUUUCUACUUGUGCAAUCCGUAUGCAUCGUCAUUAUUUACCAAUGUGUUUUAGUGUAAGCAUACAGGUACAAAUAGACAAAUUUUAUUGUUUACCUAUUGUAAAUUGGGUCGGAGUAAUUAUUUCGUCGGUGUCAUAGCAAAUAUAAUAUAGGAUUGCCAGUUCGAAAAAAAAAAAAUCCCCCGUCGUGUCGACAUAAAUAUUGCACCUCUUCCGGUAGUAAAAAUCAUAAAAAAAACCGAACUUGACCUAACCCGUAUAUAUUGCUGCGUGUGCGUGCGUGCCGGGUGUACAAACCGCGAUCAAUUAGUAUUUACGUUCGAUCGUUGCGAAAUAUCCGAUAACCGCGUUUUGUUCCACGCAGCUGUACGUGAAAAUCAACGAGCUGGACAACAAGGGCGAGUCGGCGCUGGACCUGGCGCUCCGCGACCACCAGACCAGCAUUGCCGAAAUGCUGUGCGAGAACAAAGCGGACCUGGACACGCGGGACCGCAACGGCUACACGCUCCUGCACCUGGCCGUGCAGAGGGGUGACUCGUACGCGGCCAACUUCCUGCUGGCCCACGGCGCGUCCGUCGGGUCGGUGACGCCCGACCAGGGGGACACGGCCCUGCAUCUGAUCGCCAGCUCGUCGCCGCACGACGGGCGCGACGAGCCCGCGACCGCCAUGACAGCCGUGGCCCGAUCGCUGCUCAAGUCCGGGCUCGAUCCGAAUUUGCCCAACAGACAGGGAUUGUGAGUAUACAGUACACGUUCCCUCCGGUCCCGGGGAAAAAGGGUUCGAGCAAGGGUUGCGGCAUUUUGUUUUUUCUUUAUCAAUUUUUCCCCUUUAAUUUCCCGGUCUGAACGGCCGGCCGUUGAAAGUGCACGGAUAUUCAAUUAUACGCGUGUUAUACCGAAAAUCAAUAUACCUCGACGUACUUUUUGUGCGGCGACAAAGGCAUGCCACAUUUAUUAUGUAGCGAUUUAGCCGUUUAAAACAAUUCUCAACUUUUAAUUCGCUUGUAUUCACGACUGUACAAUAUAAUUGACUCGAGCCCUUCUUCCUUUCAGGACCGAAGAUUCACUGUUCGAUUAAUUAAUCUGUAAUUACGACAUACUCUGGAAUUACAUCAUUUCGGUGGAAUGCACAUUUCCAAAAACAGUGCUAUUAUUAAUUAGAUCCCAUCACUUUUUGUCACUUGUUUCACUGUUAGCCUUUUACUUUUACGGCAAGACAAAAUUUGGGCUCGUUUAGUCAUUUCAUAAAUAAACAUAUUUUUUUAAAUAUUCCAAAAAAUUUGAACUCGCGUGGUCCGAGAUUGUAUUUUGUAGUUACCAAAAUAUGUAAUUUUUUUUUUAAAUUUUAGGUGCAGUGAGCACUCACACAGACUUUAAAAUGAUACUUAUAUUAAUUCAGUGUUUUCUUUUUCUCAGCACUCCUUUACAUUUGGCCGUGUUAGUUCAAAAUAACGAUAUAUUAACGUUGCUGUUGGAAUACGCUCAGACUGGAAAAAUCGAUUUAAAUGCUCAAACCAUUGACGAUCACACUCCUUUGUAUUAUGCAUUAAUUAUCAACACGCUCAAGCUCGAAAAUGAAGACAGUUUCGCCAAUCGUUUAGUUACUGCUGGAGCAAAUUCUAAUCCUGUAAGUUGUGAACAUAACUAUACAAUUAUAUUAAGUAUAAUAUUGGUAUAAAAAUAAAGCGAAAAUGUGGUUUCUUAUUAUUUACGUCACUUUUUUAUUUGUUUUAGAUUUAUAAGAAAACGUCAAAUUCAAUGUUGCAUAUUGUUGCAGAUGAAAGCCUCGAAGAAGCUUCUCUUUUUAUUGCGUCUCGUUGCAACAAUUUAAAUUACACAAACAGAAUUGUAAGAAAAAAAUAAAAUGUGAAAUUAAAAAAAAAAAAAAAAAAACUUGAAAAAUUGUAUUUUUGAACUUUUGUAGUUUGUAAAGAAUAUUAUAUUUAAUGUAAGUUCAAAAAUAUUUGACUAUGUUUUUAGGGAGAAAGCGCAUUACAUAUUGCAUGUAAAAGAGGAUUAUCUCGUCUUGUACGGCGUUUACUUGAAUUCCAAGCAAACCCAAACAUACAAACAUUGCCGCCAGACAGUGUCAUAAUGAGCAUGGAUGAUGGUCUUCAAACUUCUUAUAGACUCACACCGUUACAUACAGCUAUAAUUAACAAACAAGAAGGUGCUGUUAACGCUAUGCUACAUUAUCACAGUGAGUUUAAUUGUAUAUUUUUUCUCUUUAAUUCCAGUUUUAUAUUUGUAAUUAAUACACUAUUUCAUGAAUUUUAGAUACAAUGAUGGCAGAACCCAAAGAAGGAUUUAGCACCAUCAAUCUGAACCUACGCGAUUCAUUAGGAGAUACACCUUUGUCGUUAGCAUUAAAAUCUGAUAUGCAGCAUAUAGUACCUGAUCUCAUUGCAGGUAUAUAAUUAAAAUAAUUAUCUUUUUAACCAUUAAUUAUUUAAAAUUACUCAAUUAGGCGGUGCUGAUAUUGACAUGAGAAACGGUGAAGGUUUAACACUUUUACAUCAGGCAAUAUUAAAAGGUGAUGAAAAAACGGCUUUAUAUUUAGUGAAACAAGGAUCAAACUUUGAUUUUAAGUAAGCCAAAAUCUUUUAAUAAUUAUUGAAAAAUGUAUAUUAUCUAUACUUUAUUUAAUUACAUUUAUUAUUUUAGAACACAAGAUGAUCAAACUGCUUUAGAACUCGCUACCAUCAAUGGCCAAAAUAUUGUUGUCGAAGAAUUAUGCAAACGCGGAGUUGAUAUGGCUGUGCCUUCAGCAAAUAGUGACUCAAUAUUAUGGCUUGCUUUAACUACUGGCCAAGAAGACAUUGCUUCUACACUCGUCAAGUAUGAAAACCAAUGUUUAUCAAUUAAAAUUUAAUUAAAUUGAAAAUUAUAUUACAUUAUUCUAUAUUACAUAUUAUAUAGAUAUAUUACAUAUUAAAUUAUAUAAAAUAUAUAACACCCUUUUAACAGGUAUGGUGUGGAUACAGACUCUUGGAGCGAAGGCCCUGAGGGAUGUCUACAAACACUUUUACAUCGAGCAAUUGAUGAAAAUUCUGAAAAUGCUGCCCGUUUCCUUAUUCGAAGGUAAAACUAUUCACAUAAAUUAAUUAUUAAUUGAAACAUUGAUUUAUUAUCCAAAAAAUAUGUAUACAGUGGCUGUGAUAUAAAUAGUCCACGUAAGCCAGGACCUGGUGGUCGUGGUGGCGAAGAGUCUAAAGAUCAAUCGUCUCCAUUGCAUUUAUGUUGUCAUUGGGGCCUACAAAGUGUUGUUCAGACAUUACUAGAACACGGAGCCAAUGUUAAUGCUUGGGUAAAUAAUUUUAAACAUUCACUUUUAUAUCUUACUUUAAAUAUGUCAAAAUUAUGAAACUAAAAUUAAAACUUAAUUGACUGCUUUAUCUUAAUAAUAAUAAAUAAUAUAUAAUAUUAAAUGUUGAAUGUAUAAUUUUAAAAAAGAGGUUUUACUGGGGACAGAUGUGGCCACUGUUGAGGGAAGUUGGGGAGAUAGGAUAGAUGGAAAUUUAAUUUAUAUCUGUACGCAACAAUUAAUCAUUGCUAACAAAAGUAAUAGUAUUGAUUUUUCAACAAUGUGUGUUUUCACAACAACAAAGGAUGUUUAUAAAAUAAUAAAAACUUAAUAAUAACAAAAAUAAAAAUAUAAAUGGUUAUAUCAGAUUAAAAACGAGUAGCAUCAAGUACAAAAUUAGCUGGCAUAAAUAAUUUAGUAUUUAUUCUAUAGAUGUAAAUUUGCAUACUUUAAGGAACUUGCUACACUAUACUGUUUAUAUAUGUAUGAAAGAAUAACAAUAAGUGGAGAGAAUCUCCUUGAGGAACAACCGGUCUAACUACUAUUACAAAUACUAUCUGAGUGUUAAUGUUUGUAUAUUACAACUUGAAUUCUGUUUAUUAUUAUUAAAGUUUAAUAUUAAACUGUGUUAAAAUUAGGAUUCUCAAUAAGAAAUUUUUCGUAUGUAUAAAAGUGAUCCAAAAAUAAUUGUUUAAUGGAUUGUCUAAAAAUAUGCUCAGCACUGAAAAUUAUAAUAUAUUCAUUACCUUAAAUUAGCUUCUCUUAUAUGUUUUCAACUUAGGAAUUAAAAAUGUAACUAUUGGUUAAGAAAUUUAGAUAAAAUAAUAAAUAAUAGUGGAUAAGUAAUAGUUAUACUCUAACUAAUUUAAUUUCAAUGAUAUAACACUAGAAUUAUAUAAUAAAUUAAUAAUGAUUUGUAUCAAUUAAUAAUACCCAAUAAUAUUAUUGGUUCAUAGGAUGCAGAACACAAAACUCCACUACAUGUGGCAAUAACAAAUCAGCAUGCUGGCAUAAUAACAUUAUUGCUCUGUCAUCCAUCUAUUGAUCUAACCAAGAGAGAUCGCACUGGUCUUACACCUUUUGCAGCCGCCCUGACAUGUCGUAAUGACAAAGCUGCUCGAUCAAUAUUGGAUAAGUUACCAGCAGCUGCAGAACAAGUAAACUAAAACUACAUUCAUCACGGCACUGAAAAUCAAAAAUACAUAGUAAAAUAUUGUAAUUUAAUUAUUCUAAUUGUAUUUUUAGUUUGAUAAUAAGGGCUGCAAUUUUUUGCACAUGGCAAUUCAAAAAGGUGAUAUUGAAAGUGUCUUGUUUUUGCUGUCAGUUAUCGUUGAUGUAAAUUCGAGAGUCCAAAAUGAAUUACAGACUACUCCAUUACAUUUAGCAGCUGCAACCGGCAAUGAAAUGUUGGUGCGCAGUAUCAUUUUAGCAGGGGCCAGGGUACAGUUGAAUUCAUCUUAACAACUGAUUAAAAUUUAACAAUAAUUAUUAUUAUUAUUGUAUUUUAGGUAAAUGAUCAAGACACAAUGAAAAGAACAGCAUUGCAUGUAGCUAGUGAAGCGGGACACGCAUCAAUUGUAACUGCUCUGUUAGCCAACAAUGCAAAUUUUGAUGCAUUUGAUUGUGAAGGUAUACACUCAUAAUUACUUGGGAGGGGAGGUUUUUAAAGUGAGUCAUCUUACUCAUACCAUCAUACUCAUUACAUUUCACAAAUUAUAUAAUCUUACAAUGAGACGAGUUUUUGAAUUACUGUUAUCAGUAUCGUCACUGAUCUCAUUUUAUUUAUAUCAUUUUGGUACAAAACUCACUUUAGAAAUAAUUUUCUUUACAAUUCGAAAAUUUAAAAAAAUAAAAAUCUGUUAGGAUAACACUGUUUCUUCUGCUUAGUAUGGUACAUAUUAAGCCCCAUUCCCACAACUAACGUACUGGCCAAUAUUUGGUACUUGUGGUUACUUAACAUAUCAACAUAAUAGUAUACUUGAACAAUUAUUUAUCACUGAUGCAUUUCCUGAGAAUUGUCAAUAAAUGUUUCACAAGUGCACUAGUAUUGGUAUAUUUGUCAAGUUCACCAGUUGCCAAACAAUCAAAUUGUUCACCGCUUAUUGGUCAAAUGUACAAUUAUUGGCAUAUUGUGCAACCAUGCCAGUUACGGUAAUGCGCCAUUUAAAAUGGUAUUUAUAAAAAUCGAAAGUUUAUGUUUGCCUUUUCUAAACUUGGUAAAAUUGUUCAAAAGAUUUAAGUCAUUUUUUAAUUUUUUAUAGACAUUUUCUUUUUGUGAGUUUUGUACGUAAUUUUUAUUCAAUAGGUACUCUGUGUUAAAAUUGUUAGACUUAGUAGAACUGCUUAAAAAUUUAACAGGAGGUUCAUUAAAAGUCUAACUUGGUAGUCAAAAAAAGAAAAUUUGAGUUUAAUGUAGUAUUAUUUUAAAAAUUUUAAUAUCAAAUUUUUAUAUUUAUUUUAUUUUUGAACAUAUAUAUAAUGCCGAUUUAAGAUUGAUGAUGAAGUUAGAAUUGAGCAAACUGACUAAAUUUUGAAAUUAUAGCUUUUUAAAUUUCUGAUAUUAUAUGUUAUGUUAAAUAACUAAAUAUUGUCUUCUCUAAAGUAUGUUUGUCGUUAGCUGAAUGGUUAUACAUAUCUUUUUUCAUCCUAGAGUUUGCAAGUUCGAACCCAUGUUUCAAAAAAAAAAAUGUUUGCAUUUUUUUCCUCCUUUUACCUAAACAAGGAAAAAAUAAAUGCAUAUCUAUGCAUAUAAAGACCCAAGUCAUUGCUCACUUGGACUAUUUUAAUCGCAAAAUGCCCCUCGAUUUGUUGUGCAAACUUUUUUACCAAAAAUCUUGAUCCGAUGUAUCAAGUGUAGCUUAUUUUCUAAAAGUAAAUUUAAUCUCCAUGGUAACUUGGAGAGGUAUUUUGUUGAUUUUCCCAAGAGUUUUCUCAAUAUAUGGAAAAAUCGCAAAAUACAGAAAAAUGUACAAAAUUCAUUAGUAAAAUAUUACAAUUUUUUUUCUGUUGAUAACUUUUUUACCACCAUUUUUUCUCUGAUUUACAAUGAUAACACAUUUACAAAAAAUCUGACUGGGAGGUAAUUUUUUUCGAUUUUCCAAAAAAUUUUCCCAGCAAAUGUAAAAAAACGGGAAAAUCAGUACACUAUUAAACGAAUAUUGUUACUGAAAAUAUAUAAUGACCAUUUAAUUAUUUGACCAUAAUAUGACAUAUAUUUAUUGUUGACAAAGCAUCACCAUCAACUGAACUGUGCUCAGAAUUGUUUUUUGUUAGCAAUGGUUUAUCGUUACUUACAGAUAUAAACUAAAUUACCUAUAACAGUGGCUGCACCCGAUUCCAUUAUCCUAGGAUGUUUUUUUUUUAUAUGUAAUUAUUAUUAAACUUUUAUAUUUUAAUUUUUACUGUAUUAUUACUAAAUUAAUUUUACAAAAAUAGGAUAAGUCUUUGAUAAUAUUCUCAUUUAGGUCAAAAUGCGUUGCACAUUGCAUGUCGUGAGGGUCAUCUGCAAGUAGUUCAGACAUUAUUGGGUGAAUCCCAGAUUAAUGCUGAAGCAUUAACACUUAAGUGCCGUAAUCCACUUCAUGAAUUGGCUAAACACAGUAAGGAAACUGCUGCUGCUAUAUGCGAAGUUUUUUUGGAGUAUAUGCCAAAAUAUCCUCUUGAAGUUCAAGAUAGCGAGGGCAAUACAGGUGUGUACCAAUGAGUAUUAAAAACAAUUUUUCAACAUUGGUGUAACAUCGAUUUUUACAGCAUUACUGUUGGCGUACAUGAAAGGCAACGGUAAUCUGUGCCGAACAUUAGUAAAAGCUGGGGCUUGUGUCGGAGCUAUGAAUAAUGAAGGAAUUACCAUAUUCAACUGCCAAAUGGCAACCACUCAAUUGUUGUCUAGGUAAACAAUAGCUGCUGUAUUUUGUUCGUUUUAUUUAAUCAAAAUUUAAUAUAAUCACAUAUUUUGUAUUAGGUUGCUUGAUGGUCUAACAAAAGAACCUCCGUGGGUCGAUGGAUGUGAAGUGUGUCAGGAGUGUGGUUUGAAAUUUGGUUUUACUAUGCGUAAACAUCACUGGUGGGUAACAAAAAAUUGGUAAAUUUAUAUUUCAUUUAUAAAUUUAAAUUGUUUUCCCUUAGUCGUCACUGUGGUAGACUACUUUGUAGUAAAUGCUCCAAUCAAGAAGUUCCUAUUAUUAAGUAUGGGCUAAUAAAACCAGUGCGGGUGUGCAUGUCUUGUUUUCAAGUUCUACAAGGAGGCUAAAAAUAUUUAAAAAAAAUCCAAUUGUUAACUAACCACACUGCAAAUUUUUUCCGAUAUCUAUUUCUUUUGAUACUCUCUUGAGUGUUACCAAAUGUUAAUUUCAAUAUAUAUUUUCUAAAUUUAUAUUUAUCAAUUAUUAUUAUAUAUACACAUUCAUUUAUUCCAUAAUCCGGUUAAAUUUUUAUGUUUAGUUUAAUUUUAUUUAUUACUUUUCUAACCUUUUAUCAUAUAUGUUUGUUAUUCUUAAUCGCAU